UUAUCAACUGUGCACAGUUAUCGAACGCCGCGUUAUCAAAACUUAACCUUAAACAGGCCGAAAAUGACAUAUGUGUUGAGUGAUUCAGUUCUUGUGCGAGAAUGACAACAUGACGGACCGCGAAGAGGGCCAUGGGGAGUCCCCCAAGAGGCCUCCGGAUGGGGCGCAGAGCCCUACGUCGAAGAAACUGAGGGAGAAUAUUAAGUUCUUCGAGAAGGUGUGGACUGGUAAGAGGUCAGCUGAGGGGUGCUCUCAAGGGAUUUCUGAGAGGGAUGUUGAGGAGUUUGAGAGGAGGCUGGAGGAAGAAAGAAGCAGGAAUGUUGGACGUGCUGAGCUGGAGGAAGUAAGGUUGAAGUCGCCGAGGCAUAUUGUGCAUAGGCAGGAGUUGAAAGAUGAUGGAACUUUGGAGGAGAUAAUAACUUCAACCCAAAGAGAAAACGACCCCACAUCUGGUUUAAAAACCAUAAAAUUCGAGAAGGUCGUCCUAAGAAAGACUGUUAGGCACAUCACAAGCCCAACAAGUCCUCUAGGAGAAGGGUUUACAGCCAGCAGGACUCCUUCUGAAGAGGUCCUACAGCUGGAUUCUGCUUAUGCUUCUCAUUCCAACGGAAACGCUGGAUCCAAAACUUCCAGCUUUACUUCUCUAGGAGAUGCUAGGUUUUCUUCAGAUGAGAACCUGGUUAAGUCCUUGGAUGUAUCAAGAUCAGGGCACGAUGAUUGGGAUAACACCAGCUGUAGUGGGAGUAAGGCUACUUCCUCAAGUUCCGAGUGGUAUAGUGAAUAUAGAACUCAGAGUUUUCAUAGCAACUCAUCGAAGUUGGAAUAUGUUAGGAGCAAAUCACAGUUCGAUGAUCAUAUUGCUAGUAUAAGAGAUGAACAAGAAAGAGUACAGAAGAAGACAUUCGUCAAAUGGAUCAAUUCAUAUUUGUCCAAGCGAGUUCCACCGCUUAGGAUAGAUGAUUUGAUCGAAGAUUUGAAGGAUGGAACUAAGUUACUAGCCUUGUUAGAGGUUUUAUCCGGAGAAAAACUGCCUGUGGAGAGAGGUAGGAUACUUCGAAGACCUCAUUUCUUGAGCAACGCAAACACAGCAUUGCAAUUCCUCCAGAACAAAAGAAUAAAAUUGGUGAACAUCAACGCUAGUGAUCUAGUCGAUGGAAGACCACCAGUUGUAUUGGGACUAAUUUGGACUAUUAUUUUAUACUUCCAGAUCGAAGAAAACAGCAAAGCCCUUGAAUACCUGGCAUUAUGGGGCAGCCAGAGCAGCUUAGAAAGCGCUGGAACCACAGCGUCCAGAGAUAAGACCAAGAUGGGAGCCAGAAAGACCCUUCUUAACUGGGUAACCAACGCACUACCCAAAGACGCAGGUAUCGAAGUGAGAGACUUUGGGGCUAGUUGGAGGGAUGGUGUAGCCUUCCUAGCCAUCAUCGAUGCCAUCAAAAAGAACCUAGUAGACAUCGCAGCUUUACGAAGAGAAAACAAUAGGAUCCGUCUGGAAACAGCCUUCGACGUGGCUGAAUCUGAACUCGGUAUAGCAAGAUUGUUGGAUCCUGAAGACGUAGACGUGGCCAAACCUGACGAAAAAUCGAUUAUGACUUACGUAGCUCAGUUCUUACAUAAGUAUCCAGAACCUGGAACUGGUCAACAGGAUGUUAUCUUGUCUAUUCAGGAGCAGUAUGGGGAACUGUUGGUUUGGUUGAGACAGAAGACUCAGUACCUUGAGCACUUACAACAAACUGGAUCCCUUCCCUUGGACUUCAACGAAUAUUUAGCUCUCAAGCAAGAAGUAGACGAAAGAGAAAAACUAUACACAAAACUUAAACAACUAAUCGAAUCCCAAAGCUUAGUGACUGUCACUAGAGAAUCGUGGAUAGACAUAAUCCAGCUGUGGCAGAAGCUUCAGAUCCAGCUGCUCCAGUGGCUGUGGUUGAUAGACUCCAAGCUCCCUGGAGACUUCAAAUUUAUAGGAGAAUGGCUGGCCAAAGCCGAAAGACUCAUCUAUUGUGACGAUAUCCCAACAGCAAUGAAUGACGAGACUGCAGCCAUAAUCAGUCAGAAACUUGAAGAACAUAAAGCGUUCUUCGCUGACUAUCCUACAGUGAAACAGAGAUUUUUGGAGUUGUGUAACACUCCCCUUGCGAAUGAAGUGCCUUCUGAAAAGUUGAAUAAUUUGAAUAUUAGACUGAAUGAGGUGGGGCCCAAAGCUUCACAGCGUAGAGUUAGACUUAAGUUCCUUGAGCACAAGUGUUGCCUUAUUGCAUUUUUGCAACUCACCGAGACCAAACUGAAAGUAUGGACAUCGAAAUAUGGAAGAUUAGAAAAAGUGACACCUUUGUUGGACCAGUAUAGAAACUUUGUAUCGAAGAAUAACAUAUUCCAGGAAUUCAACAAAGCUUUUGUGGAUAUGAAAGCAGUUAUACAGGAGUAUAAACAAGAUGGAAAUAUAAGUAAGAGUGAAAAAACCAAUACAGAUCUAUUCAUCAAUGAGAUAGCAGAGAGAUGGAAAAACGUCUCCAUGGAAUUAAAGUGCGUUCAGAGCAUGCUCGAAGAAGUGGUAGUCUAUUGGAGAAGAUGGGAUUCUCUAGCCCCACAAUUCGAAAAUUGGCUCUCAAGAGCUGAAAAUGCACUCUCUCUACCGGAAGACGAAAAAAUAGAAUUCUUCCAAGACAUAACGGUAUGGAGAGACAACUACCAACUGAUUGGUGAUACAGUCAGUUUCCUCAUAGCAACAUGCAACGAAAAAGUUGCUCUAGAACUCAGAGACCAAUUCCAAGACAUCACCAAUAAAUGGGAUAAGAUUUAUCCUCAGGUAAACCAAUACAGCCACGGUGGAGACCUACUGAGAAACAGAAAAGACUUCAAAACAGGUUUAGAAACGUUAUCUCAGUGGUUGAGGAAAGCUGAGAGUAUUGUUAAUUCCCCACAGUUAGGUUCAACAGAAAGAAUCAUUCAACACAUAGAAAAACUUGCACAACUACAAGAAGAAAUUGAGAAUGUUGAAAACGUCUUCAAAGCUAUUAGUAAAACUUUCCAGUCCUUGAUCCAAAAUCUUUCCAGAGAAGAAGUUGAAAGGAUGAUGCUCGCUUUAAAACAGGAGAAAGAAGCGUUGGUAAAGAUUCGAGCUCUUAUCCCAGCUCAGAUACACCUUUUCAACCAACUCCUAGUCCAGCAGAGAUCAUUGGAAGAUGGUCAAAAAGAAAUUAAUACUUGGUUGGAUGAAGCUGAGAACCUUCUCAGCAACAUGAGUUUAGGCUGUGAGCGAGAUACUUUGAAGAGCCACUUGGACAAGAUAAAACAAUUCUUUACCAGAACCCUCUACUAUAAAUCCAUGCUAGACAGCAAAAACAAAGUGAUGAUGAAUAUAAUCAAGACAGUCGAUCAAAACCAAAACAGCGACGUAUCUCAGAUGGUCGAAAAAAUGGACCAGCUAAACGACAGAUUUUCUUACGUAACCCAAAACGCGCAAGUGUGGGAGCAGAGACUCAUCGAAACCCUGCGUUGUCUUCACAACUACACAGAGUGUUACAGGGUGAUAUCCAACUGGUUGAGUCAAGCUGAAAGACUGAUAGAAGAGAGACGCAUCGACAAUAAAGACACUGUGGAAGACCACAAGAACUUCUUCACGUCUGUUAACGAAAAAUGGAUCCAUGAGCUCAUCCAGAACUCUCAGGAUUUAUGUAACUGUCUUCCAAAAGAACAGCACAAGACGAUAUUGAAUUCAGUGAGUGAGCUGCAGGGAAAAUGGAAGAAAGUACUUUCAUUUGCUCCUUUGCAUCUUAUGAAACUGGAAUUCAGGUUAGAUGAGUCAACCUUCAACUACUACAUCAAGGAGCUCGAAAGAGAAAUACACACAGAACAUCUAGCGUUUAGUAAACAGUCAGAUGUUACAUCGAUCAUCAACAGAAACACAGAAUACUUCUCCAACAAAGGUCCUCUGAAGGAGGCAAAACACUGUUUAGAAAACUUGAGAAAGCUUGCUGAAAAUUAUAGCCAACACAAUCCUGAGGAUGUGUCCAUACACCAAGCUUGCGAGCAAGCUGAAAGGCAAUGGACUAAUUUGAAUAUGAAACUGGAAAAUUUGAGUAGAGAGUUAAAACAGAUACCUGAAAAAUGGGACGAAUAUCACAGAAAAUGCGAAGAGAUCAGCAGAUGGAUGGAUGAAGUAGAAGUGUCUUUAAGCAGUAUCCUGACCACUUGUCAGAGCUCGGAGGAAUUCGACAGACAGAAAGAAGAAUUUCAGAAAAUAUGCAAUGAUGCAGAUUCCAAGAGACAGCAUAUGAAAUGGUUGGUUCAAACCCUAGAUUUCUUAGCAUCCCAGUGCCCUCUCAGCCAAGCAGAAAUGGAACAAAAGAAACUAGACGCUCUAAUAACUCGAUACAAAAAUUUGAUUCCCUCCAUCGAAAUCACAAUGAUCAGAACCGAUACCCUGUCAAAGUGUUAUUCCUACCGCAGAGAAGUGCGUGAGGUUUGUGAACUGCUGAAAAAGGUUAGGGAGGUCCAGACAGAAAACCCUCAGCCUAACAAUCUACCUCAACUCAUCAACGUACAACAGACCACUCUAAGCCACCUUGAGUCUCAAAGACCAAGCAUCAUGUCCAUCCUCCAGAAAGGUAAGGAACUGGAAAAAGACAUGAACGCACCAUCCUUCAUCAAGGAAGAAGUGGAGAACUUGGAGAAAAAUUGGUCGGAAACAUAUAGAGAAACAUUGGAAAAACUGACUCAUCUGAAAGAGACCCAUAAAGUAUGGACUUCAUACGACAACCAAAAAAGCGAGAUUUUAAUGUUGCUCUCCAGAGCUGAGCAACAACUGAAAAACAUCCACCCUAGCGAAUACAACCUACGCAGCCUCCCUGCAGAACUGAAGAAACGUCAGGAGCAAGCUAUUCAACUACGAGAGAAGAUUGAAGAAAUGCUGCAAAGAUUGAGGGAGCUAUGUUCAGAUCUAGCAGAACAAGCACCUGCCCUCAAACAGGAAAUCCAAGACAUCGAAAACCGAUAUAGGUCAACUCUAGAAAACGCCCAAAUGAACAUAACGAACUUGGAGCAAUACACGGUGAAGAUCAACACCUUCCAAAACCAACUAUCCCAACUUGAGGAAUGGACAACGACUCAAGUGCCGAUUCUGUUGAGUUCUGUGGAACAAGAGGACAUUCCACCUCAAGAAAAGAUUGCUAAAACCGAAAAACUCCAAAGGGAAAUCAUUCAUCAUAUCACGUUGUUAGACAGCUUAGAUAAUGAAGCUCAGGAAAUUGAGGUUCACCCUGAAGAAGCACCGAAAUUCCAUGCCAAACUAACAGCUUUAAGACAGAGGGUGGAGAGUGUUAACACCAAUGUAGAAGCUCAAAAGGGUAUAAUCAGUCAGGACUUGAAGAAUUGGGAAGUGUGUCAGGCGAAUCUGCAAGAAGCUAAACCAUGGUUGGAAAAAGCUGAAAGAAAAGUGAAGGAAGGUUUAAGGAAACCUUUGACUCUAGAGGAAGCUGUAAGAAUGAAAGCAGACAAUGAUGAGUUCGCAGAUGAAUGUAAAAUACAUUCGGAAAAACUGCAAGGAAUUUUAACUCUAUCGCAUCAGCUCAGCUCUAAAACUGCCACACAUGACGACAUCGAUUCAUCACUAAGCAAACACACAAUUAUCUUCGAUACAGUGCACCAGUGGGAUAGAAAACUCGACAAACUAGUUGCCAAUUGGGGAACUUUCGAUACCAACCUAAAAAGCCUCGAAAACUGGAUUGAAAAAAGUAAAUUGGAGUUUUCUCAACAAUCAAUCAAUUUGAACACACCUCAUGUCGAUAAACUUGAGAAGAAUCUGUCAGAGCUCAAAUCCUUCAAUAAUGAGCUGUCAGAACAGCAGGCUAAAAUAAUAGGCUUGUCACAGAGUCUAGAUGCCAUAAGCUACUAUAUCUCACCAGAAGCUUUAAGUUUAAAUAAGACCAAACUUCAAGAACUGAAAACCCAAAUCAACGAAUUAUCUGAUGGUUUGAGGGCAAGAAUCAACAAUUGCUCGGAUGCCAUUUUAGCUAAACACGAAUCACAAGCUAAAAUCGGUCAAUUCACCAAUUGGAUUUACGACUUUAAAAAUAAUGUUUCCAGAUUGGAUGAAAUAUUCCCAGACAACAUAGAUGCUGUUUUAAUAAAUGUACAUAGUCUUCUUCAAGAGCAUUCAGAAAAACAGCCAGCGUUCAAUGAAAUAUACGAAGAAGUCAAGGAAAUAUCACUGAGAUCUUCAGGUGGUGAGAACGAAGCCAUUGCUUCCGAGUACACUAACAUUUCCAAAAGCUAUCAAGAGAUCCAUGAUAACCUAUUGGACAAAAAGAAAGCUUUAGAAAAAUGGUCCGAGUUGAUGAAUUGGUACAACGAAUCACUCAAUCAACUCCAACAUUUGAACUACCAAACCGAAAGUAAGAAUGCUUCUGAAGGUAAUCUCCAAGCAGUCUUGCCAGAAAUAAAUUCCAUCUCCAAUAAGAUAACCAUGUGGAAAGACAGAAUACCAACCUUCGAAAACAUGCGUAAUGUUGAAAUAAUCAAUAGACAAACUGGACUUCCGUUAACAGCAGAACAACUCAUACGAGAAAUAGAGAUGAAAACAACUCAUUUGAAAUCGAAUGUUGAAAAGAAAAUAGACGAUUUGAAUAAUCUGAAGAAUCAUUGGCAGUCAUUCCAAACUUUACAAGAAAACCUACAAAAGAAUUUGAAUGAACUCAGAAUUCAGUCUUCAAGUGUUUAUUCAAUGAUUGAACAACCAUCUGAUGUAGCCAUUGCAUUGGAACAUCUAAACAACCUUUCAGAUCAGUCUGAAAAUGUUAAACUCAAGGAGGAUUUGAGGAAAGAAGGACUCUACCUAACCAAAGAAGACAUCCAGAACGUUUCUAUCAUACAAGGAGCUAUAUCUCAAAUUGAAUCAGAGUGGAGUAAAGCCAUUGAAGACAUAAGAAAUCAAAAAUUGAUCAUUUCCAAUGCUCUAGCCGGUUGGAAAGAUUUCCAAGAAGCCAAAAACCGUGUAGCUAAAGAGAUUUCAGAUUUGAACGAAGGUAUUCAAAAUUUCGAAACCCCUAAUGAUCUCUUACAAGCCAAAGUCAACUUCGAGAAAGCGACCAAGCUUUUAGAAGCAUUCAAAAGAUUCAAACUCACUUUAGAUAAAUUGGAAACCAAAGGUCAGAUGGUUAUCAAGAAAUGUGAAAACAUACCAGUACUACAAGCUGAAAUAAAAGAUGGAAUUCAAGAAAUGAGCGGGAGUUGGUCAUCCAUUUAUGAGAAUAUCUUGAAUUUGGUUCAGAGAACGGAAUCCCAAGUAACAAUAUGGAAAGAUAUUGAUAAUACGAAGAACGACCUAUUGAAAUGGUUAGGUGAGCAGAAUACUGCCUUCACUAGUGCUAUAGAAAAACCUAAUGAAGUUGAGACUGCCAAAAUGCAAUUAGAAAAAUAUAGAGAAGAGUUACCUCUUUAUUCCAGAUUGAAACAGAGUCUGUCAGUAAAAUGCGAACAGUUGAGAAAGCUCUCAAAUGAAGAUAUCCCUCCUUUACAAAUUCUCAACCAAGUUAUUUCAGAUCAGUUUGAAACCGUUGAAAUUAAUGCUAAGAAACUGAGUGAACUGACUUCAAACUUUGGGGAUGCCAAGAAGAAUAUCCAGGACAAACUCAAGGUUAUCAACAAUAAAAUAAGCACAAUGAGAGAGCAAAUAAUAAAAUGUGAAGAUCUUGGUGGAGACAACAGACAGGUUGUUGAAAGAGUACUCAAAAUACAAAACCACAAGAAAGAACUCAAACAAUGUGAAGGUGAAAUCGAAGAAUUGGAGCAAGAUCUCAAGCAGAUCAAAAUUAUGUACCCUAAUCUCAUUGAAGGUGUUUUCCCAAAAGAACAACAAUUGAUAAAGAAGAGAUACGAUGAUCUUAUGAAUCAUUCUCACAAAAUCGAGAACACUCUGCUGGGAUUCUUGAAGAAAGUCCAUUCGGAAAAGUUCGGAGUGUUACAAAGAUUGAUUGCGACUCAUAAAGAGAAGAUUGAGUGGUGCACACCUGAUAGCCUUGCUGAUAAGUACAAUUUGGAAGUUAAACUGAAGUCUCUUCUUCCUAUUGAAAAAGCUCUGGAAGAUUGUGAAGCUAAAGCUACAGAAGUUGAAAACUCCCUAGCUUUGAUAACAGAGGUUGAGCAUCCAGAAGUAAUAAAAUUGCUUCAAGCUGAAAGAGAUCACCUUUUCUUAGAAUUGACUAACUUGAAGAGAAAUUUCGCUGAAACCAAGAACACUCUCGAGAAUGCUGUAGAUCUUCACCAGAAAUACGAGCAACUUGUCGAAGAGGUAUCAUCAUGGUUAAAAAUUAAAGAGAAUGAUAUGAAAGUAAUUAGUAGCGCACCAAUGGAUGUCUACGAUCUAGACAACAAAAUCAAGGAAAUGACGGAUUUAAAUACAGAAAUUAUAAAUUUUGAGGAAAAUGUUAACAGCUUGAAACCCAUAAGCUCCCAGCUUUCUGGUGAGAAAUCAGAAGAUAGGAUCACUCAACACGUUGAUCACUUAAAUACUCGUUACUCCACUCUGAAAAAUUUCAUGACAAAUUACAUCAAGAAAUUGAAGGAACUCAACACAUACAAAGAACGUUACCAAAAAUCUGUUCGAAAUGUUGAAAACUGGUUGACAAAAGCCGAGAAGAAAGUCAAGUCAUUUGAGACUGCCAAACCAGACCAAGCUACUCUUGGAGAAUUGAAAGGAUUUUCGGUGGAAAAAGAAGAAGGUCAAAACUUACUGACCACAGCUGUUGCGAAUGGAGAAGCAAUGUUCCCUGGUAUCACUCCAGAAAAUAGAGACACCAUCAGAAACGAACUCAGGAUCUUGAGGGAAAAAGCUGAACGACUUAUCGAAGAAGUAAACAACUUAUAUAAAAACGUUGAAGCGGUUCUCACCCAGAAAAACUCUUUCGAAGACAGUUUGCAACAAAUAAAGAUAUGGAUGAACGACUUAGAUGAGAAAGUAGCAGAUGAAUAUGUGCUAGACAAAACAUUACCAGAAAAGCGAGAAACUUUGUAUAAUUACAAAGUCAUUGAACAUGACAUUGACCUCCACAAGACGAUACUCAAGAAGAUGAAAGAUUCAAUCGCUGAACUAAACGAUAAAGAAGCACAACAAGCAGUAGAUGAAAAAAUUGAAAAGUGCAAUAAUCUACUUGCUAGAGUUAACAAAUAUCGUCAAACUUCCGAAGACUAUGUGAAACAACAUGAAAAUUACGAUGCAGCCAUUGAAAAUUGUAGAAAUUGGCUAGAUGCACUUACAUCAGAAGCUGUUCUUCUGAUGGAGGACUCUUCAUCAUAUUCCGCUGAGUCGAAGUUAUCAAUGGUACAAGAUUUGUUGUCACAAGAAGAACAAGGUGAUGAAAUCGUUGAAAAAUGUAAAGAUCAGCUCCAAUGCGUCUUGGGACAGACUGCAGAAGACGGACAUCCACCACUGAAGAACGCUUUCGAAGAACAAAAAAAAUCAUGGCAAUCAUUCCUGCAAUUAUGUUCAACUGCGCAACAGCAACUGAACGACAUAUCCACACAAUAUUCAAAGCUUGAAAGCUCAAUCAAAGAACUUGAAGAUUGGCUCAAAAUUAAGGAAAACCAAGUGAGAGAUCAGAGUUUGAAAAGUACAGAGGAGACCAAGCGUGCUCAUCUCAACAAGUUGGAAUCGUUGAAUGAGGAGAUUCUAUCGAAAGAAGAAGAUUUCAAGAAUUUAUCGAAAGAGUAUAGUAAGCUGGAUUCUAAUAUGAAAAUCCCCACACUCAUAACAAGGUACGAAACUUUGAAGAAUUCUUCCAAAGAAAACAUACGAAAAUAUAGAAUGCUAGUAGAAGAACAUAAGCACUUCAACGAUGCCUACAACACUUUGAUUCACUGGCUCACAGAAAAAGCUGAAGAUCUGCAAGAUUUAAGCCAUAUUGUAGGAGAUGUUGCAGUUAUACAAAACAGACACAAGGACAUUGAAUUGCUGAUGGAAGAGAGGAACAAAAAUAGCUCUGAAUUUGAUGCUCUCCUCGAGAGAGGUGAGAAAUUAUACUCCCAUACAUCUCCAGACGGUAGAGAGAUAAUAAGACAACAACUCAAGAAUCUAAGAACCAUUUGGGAUAGUUUUGCGGAUGAUCUGCAGAAUUCUAGUCACAAACUCGACCAAUGUUUGGUUCAGUUCUCCGAUUUCACAAUGACUCAAGAACAACUUACGAAAUGGCUCAAAGAUGUUGAGAAAGCAAUGCAACAGCAUACUGAAUUGAAAUGUACUCUACAAGAAAAGAGAGCCCAAUUCCAAAACCAUAAAAUAAUGCAUCAAGAAAUUAUGUCUCAUCAACAGUUAGUCGAAGCUGUCUGCGAUAAGGCACAAAAGUUAGUGGACCAAACUCAAGAUAAAUCUUUGAAUAUGUAUCUCCAAUCGAUCAAACAAUUAUUCCAGAACAUCGAGACUAAAUCUGAAGAACUUUUGAAUAAUUUAGAUGCUUGUGUGAAUAAACAUAUUGAUUUCAAUGAUAGUGUGGCAUCUUUCAAAGAGUGGCUUAGGGAGGUAAGAGAAAAAUUACAAGAAUUUUACGAAACAACUGGAGACAAAAAUGAUUUAGAAAAGAGGGUUUCGGUUAUCACUACAACAAAAACUAGACAUACUAAAGAGGGGGAAGAAUUACUGGGAAAGAUAAAAGAAAAAUUGAUUUCCACUGCGAGGAGUACAGCACCAGAAGGUGUUGAGAUCUUGAAGACGGAACUACAAGAACUUUCUGCUUCGUUCGCUGAUUAUUUAGCUGAAAUAGAUAAAUGUUUGGAACGACAAAAUGCUGCUCUCAAAGAAUGGGAAAACUUUGAUAACACUCACGAAGAACUAUCUAAUUGGUGCAAAACUGCAGAAGCUUCUCUCAGAGAACAGCCUCUCCAAAACACCUUAGAUGACAAGAUGAAAAUGAGCAGAAACUUCGUCAACCAAAAAGAGAAGGUUUCUGAGAAAGAGUCAGCAAUAGAUCAACUGAUCGAUUCUGCUCAUAGCUUAGCUCAAAAAAGCGGCAUUCAAAAGAUUCAACCUCUCAUAUCCCAAUUAGGUUCUAAAUACUUACAACUCAAAACCCUGGCCAAAGAUGUAGUUGACAGAUGGGAACUAAUAGUUGAUGAUCAUAAGAACUACCAAAGAAAACUACACGAUACUGAUUCAUGGAUAGGGCAACUGGAAAACAGUUUGAAAACUUUGAAAUCUGAAAACAUGGAUGACUCAGUGAAGAGGCUUCAACUCAUUUUGGCUGAAAAAGAUCAGGGAGAACACCAAGUGAGUGCUUUGUUGUUAGUUGGUGAGAAAUUAUUGCCAGACACAGCUACUCAAGGGAGAGAAGCUAUCAGAAGUGAACUGAGGAGUAUAAGACAAAGAUGGGAUGAACUUUUCGAAGAUGUGAGAAAGUACCAGAAAGAGCAAGAAGCUCAAAGUCAUCAAUUGUCCAGCUACCAAGACAUCCUUCAACAAACUUUGACUUGGUUAAAUGCCAUGGAGAGUAAUAUUGAGCUGAAUCCUGCUCAAUGGAAUAGCUCGCAAGAAAUCAGAGCUAAGCUAUUGAAACACAGGACUCUGAACCAAGAAAUCAUUGGACAUCGAAAGAUUAUCGAAGAUGUAACCGCCAAAGCACAAUACGUUGUGCAGUCUACUAGCAACAAAGAAAAGACUUUGCCAGUAAAGGAACAGAUAGAAUCAAUCGAGAGCAGAUAUGCUGCACUGGUUAACAAUUCCCAAAUUAAUAUCAAGAAAUUGGAAAAAUGUCUCGAAGUAUACCACCAAUUCUAUGAGCUACACAAGGAUCACCAAGACACUCAGAAACAAGAGUGGGAUGACUUGAAUAACUACAAUGACUUAGACGGAAGCAAAGAUGUAUUACAAGAACGUCUAAACCACAUAGUAGAACUCCAAGAUCAUCUUACCGAGAAUGCGCUCAAAAUAAAGGAUCUGGAAGCUUUUGUAGCUGAUAAGAUAUCAAUUUUGCCAGCUAGAAUCCAAGAACAAAUGCAGAGGGAUGUUUCAAAUCUCAAAUACGACCAAAAUAAGUUUAUUUCGGCUCUCAUGGAUGCAAAAUCCAACUUGGAAUCACGUCUAGCUCAAUGGAAUGACUUUGAGAGUUUACUGGAAAAACUCUUAUCAUCUCUCAACGAUUCUGAAGCAAUCCUAAAGAAUUUCUCAUUAAAAUCAACUUCAGAUGAGAAGCAAGAACAGUUGGAGAGAUACCAAGGACUUUUCUCCAGUUUGUCAGUGAUAGAGAAACAAAUAGAUGAAAUGUCUGACAAUCUGAAUGAACUGGUUCAGAACAGCGGCGAUUCUAGAGUUUCUGUCAAUAUCCAGCAAAUUACUUCGAGAUUCCAAUCAAUCCACUUAGCAGCCAAAGAAAUACUGAAGAAAUGCGAACAAGCUUUCACGGAUCACAAAUUUUACAACGAGAAAUACCGUCAGUGUUCUGAUUGGAUAUCUGCAGCACAAGCCAAGUUUUCAGUCCACCAAAAGAAUAUCGACAGUGGUUCAAGAGAUGUUCUUACCGAAGAAGCUCAAGUUUUGAGCGAACUGUUAGCGGAAGAAGUCAGUGCUACUCUACUGCUCAACAAUGUAGUAGAAUUGGGUGAAAAAUUAUACCCCAAUACGUCAACUGAAGGCAGAGAAAUUAUCGCCAAUCAAUUGAAAGAUUUGCAGCAGUCUAUGGAGAAUCUAUUUGACACUUUAAACGCUUCCGAUAGACAGCUAAAGUCAAGUUUGACAAGGUGGUCGAGCUUCGAAGAAAGCAGCGAGAAGCUUCAUAAAUGGCUGGAAGGAAUAGAGAAUCAAUUGAUAGAAUUGAAAUUAUGGUCGACUUUAGACGAAAAGAAAAACCAGUUGAUGGAAUACAAGAAUUUGAAUUACGAAAUUACUUCGCAUAAACAAAAUCUACUAGAAUUGGAGGAGAGACUGCAAAACUUGCCAAACGUAAAUGAUAAUCUAACUUCAGAUCUUCAGGUGCUGAAAGAUAGGCAAGAAACCAUGACGAAGAGAGCAGAAGAGUUUCUUGCCAUCUACGAAACAAUAGUAAGCGAACACAUCAAGUUCGAUCAAGCUGCAGAUGUGGCUAGGAAGUGGUUGGAAAUGACUAACGCUAGUGUUUCUGUCUGGAGCGAUGCAAGUUUGGAUAGAACGAGUUUGCAUACAAAUUUGGACAAGCUGAAGAAUUUGAAAUCUUCAUUGAGGGAUGAAGAGUCCAGGGUUUUGACAUUAAAAUCUUUGGGAGACAAGGUGAUUAACAGAACUGAGCAGGACGGUCGCUCAAGCAUUAGGUUGAUUGUUGAAGAAGUUCAACAAGAAUGGGCUAAAUUAGUGUCUAUCUUGAACAGCUCCAUCGAUCAGGUACAAUCCAAAAUCAAUAGUUGGGAAGAAUACGACCGUCUAAAAGAACAAUGCUCAAUUUGGAUCAGAAACGCAGAUUCAGAACUGCAUUCCAUAAACCUCAAGGCCAGCGCAGAGGAAAAGAAAGGCCAACUGGAUCGACUCAUCACUUUACAAGGUGAAAUAAGAGCAAAGGAACUGGAGAUUGACCAGCUCACAGAGAAAGGACAACAGUUGACCAAAGGAGCCAAUAAACGAAAUUCUCAAAUACCCGAAAUCGAAGCUAAAUACCAACAGAUAUCCCAAAAAGUUAAGGAUACUACUGCGAAAUGGCAACAGUUUGUCAUUUCUCACCAAGAUCUAGACUCACGAAUUCUCCAGUUGGAAGAAUGGUUGAGCAGUUUGAGAAACAAGCUAACGAACUGCGAGAAUAUCAAGAAUGCUACCCAGAAAGAAAUCGAGAAGAAGAUUACAGUGAUACAAGAGAUUUUCCUAACGAAGGAAGAGGGUUUCCAGAAAAUGCAGUCUCUAGUGGAACAAGCCCAAACUGUACUAGCCAACACUGCUUCAAAUGGACAUUCAGCUAUCAACGAACAAGUCUCCAGGCUUCAAGAAGAAUGGUCUGCUAUUGCUUCACGUAUGAUCGAAACUAAAAACAUACUGGACAACGCUCUGACCAAAUGGACUGGAAUUAUUCAGGAAAUCAAUGAUCUGAGCAAAAUAAUUGAGUUGAUGCAAUCGCAGAUAGCUGAACAUUCGGUAUAUUGCGGAACCAUUUCAGAGAAAAAGAACCAAGUGGAUUCGUUGAAAAAAAUCGAAGAGAAGGCUAGGUGUGAAAAGAACGAAGUUGACAACUUAAAACAAAUAGCUAGCAAUAUUUUUGCCACUCAACAAGGAGAUGACGUGGUUAAGUGUCAAGAUAUUCUCGAUGAAUUCGACGAUUGCGUACAGAAAAUUCAGAAAUUGCUAAGAGACAGGGAAUGCCAAUAUCGUGACCAUAAACUGUACAGAGAAGCUUACGACGAACUUCAGAGAUGGAUGAUAAGGGCCCAAGAGAAAGUGCCGCAGUUUAAGCAGAGGCCCCUUGGUGCUGAGUUGACAGUAGACAGCUUUUCUGGUCCCUUGGACCAUCUCCUGAACAAGAAGGCUCAGGGUGAAAUACUCAUAGAAAAUUUGGAACAUACCGCUCAAGUAGUUCUACCACAUACUAACGAAAGUGGACAGACAGCCAUCAAAAAUGACAUAGGAGCCCUUAAAGAAGCAUUCGAGCGACUAUUCAAAGAUAUACAAGAACAAAGGGAUCAAUUAGGAGUAGUCCUAGAAUUUUGGAGAGAAUACAAGGACGAUUACGAAAGGAUUUCGGAUUGGCUGCAACAAAUAGCAAUCCUGGUCAAAAACCAGAAGAUAGCCCUGUGCGCCAAUCUUAAGGAAAAAGAGAAGCAAGUGAAGACAGCCGAAGAUCUACUCAAGCAGUUCGAGGACGGCAGGAAGCAAAUAGAUAAACUCAAUGAUUCUGCAAAAAUCCUGAUCAAGUCACCGUUGGAAACCCACGUGAACAACCAGCUGCAACAACUGAACUCAAGGUAUGAAGUGGAAUUAAACAUCACCAAGGACGUUUUGAAGAAGAUAGAAAAUAAUUACAAUCAACACAAGGAAUACAAUGAUAACUUGGAGAAGAGCAGGGCUUGGAUAGAUAGAGCCAAAGAUUUGAUCAGGGUGUGCUCUGAAACCACUUCGCUGACCAGUAAAGACAUCUUGCAGGACCACCUUAGGCAGAUACAAAAUCUGAUAGGAGAACGCGAUGUAGGCCAAAGUCUCAUCCAUACCACUGUCAAUUUGGGUGAAAAAGUGGUCAGAAACACACGCUCUGAUGGCAAGGAAGUCAUCAACAGUGAACUCAAGGAAAUCCAAAACGAUUGGGAUAGGGUAGUGAAGAAGAUGUCCUCGGCAAAGGUCCACUUAGAGACGCAACUCUUGCAAUGGGCAGACUAUGACAGUUCCUACUACAACCUGCAGCAAUGGAUUACAGAGAGAGAGGCCAAAUUGCAGCAAGUCACCGAGGUCAAGAUCACCAAAACAGGAAAAACAGGAUUGGGUGCUCUGCCUAUUGGAGAGAGGAAAGCUACACUCAGAGAAACCGGUAAUAUAGUUCAAGAUCUGGUUUCUUUCGAGCCCAUGAUACAAUCGGUGACGUCUAAAGCUGAAGAUUUGAAGCAGGCAGCUCCAGCUUCAGAGAUAUCUUCGAAAUACGAGAACCUAUCAAAGCAAGCCCAGGCGUUGUACGAGAAACAGAAGGAAACUAUUGAUUCUCAUGAAACUUUCAUCGAGGCUGGUACAAACUUUGUUCAAUGGAUACGAAUGGCCAGAGAAAGACUGGGUAAAUGCUCUGAUCCAACAGGAGAUAAAGAAAGCCUUGGUAGCAAACUGUCUCAGAUCAAAGCCCUACAGAAUGAACUUCCGGAAGGCCAGAAAAAAUUAGAGUUGGCCUUGGAAAAGGGAGAUAAGGCUUGCAACUAUGCGGACGAAGAUGAUAGAGAAAUAAUUGAAGAAGAAGUGGGUCUUCUUCAAGACGAAUUUGACAAUUAUACUGAAUUACUUUCCAAUACGAAGAAUCUUUUGGAAGUUGGGUUGGUCAAAUGGACAGACUACGAAGAACAAUACCAAGAAGCCCUGAAAUGGCUGACUAGGAAAGAAGAGAAAAUUCAAUCCUUCAACAAACUCCAGAACAGCCUGGAGGAUAAAAGAACUGUAUUGGAACAGUUCCAACAACAUCUCCAAACGUUAUUCGAUUGGCAGAGUGAAUUAGAUCGGUUGAACAUGAGAGCACAAGCUUUGUUGGAAACGUGUUCUGACACAAGAAUAAGCAAUGCUGUCACACAACUAGCUACAAAAUAUGGCACUAUAUUAACUCUGGCCAAAGAAAUUAUGCGCAGAUUGGAACUACAUUACCAGGAACAUCAACAACACAGUACGUUGUGCUUGGAGUGUCAAGAUUGGUUAGACAGGACCAAGGAAAGACUUGGCAAUUGCUUGGAAAUUCCAAAUACUCUCUUAGAAGUCAACAACAAACUCCAAAUCGUGAAAAGCAUAAGAGCAUCCAUUGAACAAGGACAAAACAAAUUGAGAUACAUUCUAGAACUCAAAGAGAGAGUUGUUAUAAACACAGAAAAGGCAGGAGCAGAGAAGAUCCAAGAGGAAACCGAAAAUCUCAAACAAGACAUGGAAAAACUUCUGAAUACUUUGAACGAAGCUAGAGGUCAACUAAGCGCCAGAGCAAAUCAACUGGAGGAGAUUGACAAAUUGUGCAAAAUUCUCAAAGAACUCUUAGAUGACGUUGAGCAUCAAGUUAAACCUCAGGAUGAAUUCCUCCAUGAUUUGGGAGAGAAGAAAGCUAGGCUUGAAAAAUUGAGGGCUGCGUUGAAGGAGUUGAAAUCGCAACAUGAGUUGGUGGAAAAACUCGAAACAAAAAUAGAAGAAAACAACGCUACUGGUGACAACUACAAAAGCUGUAUUGAAAGGUACAGAAGUCUGACAAAAGAAAUCGAAGGUAUGACUGAGACUUUGGAGAAACAAGUAUCUGAUCAUCAAAAAUACAAGAAUCUUUAUGAUGAAACUAUAGAAUGGAUAAAGUUGAAACAAAUGGAAGUUCAAAACUGUACUAAUCUGCAUAUUGAGCUGGAAGAGAUUGAGGAAAAAGAGAAAGCAAUCAAUGAAAUUGUUGAAGUUCUUCCUGAAGGUGAGGACUUGGUUCACAGAACGAUUGAGCUCAGCAUAUUGGUUUUGAAGUCUACCGGUGAUGAAGGUCAAGAUAACAUCAAACAGGACAUAGACAGCUUAAACAACAUCUGGGAAGGAUUCCAAGUAUUGUGUUCAGAAACCCAGAAAUCUUUAGUCCGAUGCAAGGAUGCAUGGAACGAAUUCCUCCAGAUACACAAAAAAUUGAGAUCUUGUAUUGAAUCCCAUCAAGAUCGAUUGAACGUUCUUAGUAAGAAAGAAAAACAUACUCACGAAGAUUUGGAAAAGGCCAAAGAACUUCUGGAAGAGAUAAACGGUUUCAAGGAUGAUCUAGAAACACUAACAGAUGCCUGUGAUUUGGUUAUGGAACAGAGUGCUGUUGGUUGGGUUAGAGACAAAACCGUUGAGCUACAAAGUAUGUACUUGGUACUCCUCACCAAUGUACAAGAUACGAUUUCCAGGAUCGAAAAAACUUUAUCUGACCACACCGAAUUCUUGAAAGCUAAAUCUAUAUUAGAACAGUGGUUGUUUGAGGCUCACAGUACCAUUCAAGACUGUGUAGGUGUUGGUGAUGAAACCACUAUAAAGGAAAGAUUGGACAAGAUCGCUAAGUGUUCGGCAAGAUUACCUGAAGGUCAAAGCAUGCUUUCAAAUCUACAAGAAGCGUUUGCAAAGGCCAUCAACGUUGUACCUACUGACCAACAAGAAUCUUUGAGAGAAGAUGUUUCGACCCUGCGAAACAGCUGGGACCAACUCAACUUGGACCUGGUUGCAAUACAAGCCCAACUGAAGGUUUCUUUGAAUAGAUGGAUAGAAUUUAACGAAACCAAGUAUUCCUUGAUGAAGUGGCUUUCUAAUAAAGAGGAUGUCCUGGAUCAGAAUUACAACACCAAGGGAGAAUAUAGUGAGAUGAAGACGUUGCUAGAACGUUACAAAAACUUGAAGGUAGAAAUUAUGAAAAAGCAGGACGAUAUAGACAGAUUCAAGAACGAGGCUGACGAGUUGAGCAAAUGGUCUAAAAGCAAAACCAUCAUUGAUGAAGCCGACCAGAUACAAACGUUACACGCCAAUCUUAUCAACAAAUGUGACAGGGUGAGAGAUAAUAUAGAGUCAGAAAUCAAGGAGUACACAGUCUAUCAACAAUCACUACAAGAUGUGGAGAAGUGGCUACUGCAGACUUCUUUCAAGCUUAUGAAUCAAAACUCCUUAUACAUAUCCAGCAAGGAACAGACGGAGGCUCAGAUCGGUGAGCAGGAGAAGAGCAUACAGGAAAUUCAAAACUUCCAGUCGAACUUGGAUGAUGUGAGAGCCAAGGGACAAAUGCAGAUAAACCGCUAUCUCUCUGAUACACCAAACAUACAGGAAACAAUAGGGAAGCAACUGGACAAUGUUCAGAGCAGCUACGACUCGCUGCUGAAGACAGCCCUUCAGAUCAAGAGUAGACUGCUGGAAUCUCUGGUUAAAUUCAAGGAGUACGAGGCCACUUUGGAGGACAUCAUGUCUAAUUUAGCCAAAUACGAGGCUACUUUCUCUGAAGUUGUGGCUAAUCCUGCAGAUCAGCUGGAAGAGGCUGAAGAGCAGCUGAAAACCGUCAGGGGUUUACAUGAAAAAUUACAAGGUGAGAAGACUAGGCUGGCGUUAGCGGUACAGGCUUGUGAAUCUGCAGCUUCCAUGAGCAGACCAGGAAGUCCUAGGGAUCUAAACGCUCCUGCUGUGCCAGCCAAAGAGCUAGAAUGCAGAGCUAGGUUGAAUGACGACAUCGAUCAGGAAAACAAGGAGUCUUCAGAAUCAAAUAGUUCACCAAGAAAAUUGAGCUUGCUAUUUGAACAUCUCGAAGAACCUGGAAUUGUCAAAAAACUUCAUUUGAUCUUGGUCGAGGUUCAAUCUUAUCUCGGUCAACUGACAGCUACAGUUACCGAGCUACAAGAACGAGAAAAACAGAAAGCAGAUCUCAAACAGUGGGUCGAAGCACAAAAAUUAAUUGUAAACGACUGGAGAAACAAACCAACAAAAUUGAGAGCAGAUGCUGCUAAGCAAGAUUUGAAUAACAUGAACGAGCUCUUGAUGUCUAUAACUCAACGCAAACAACAGCUACUCACAGAUUUCCCAGACUCUUCAGACCUAGAACUGCUUUUAGAUGAUUUGGAGUCUCAAUUGAUAGACCUGAUCGCUCAGAGAAAGAGCCACCAGGAGUUGAUAGAAGACUAUAGAAAGCACCUUCAAAGUAUCAACGGUUGGUUUGAUAGCAUCGCCAAACAGAUAGACGCAAUCGAUAAGGGUUCUGGUCUGAAUUGCCAACAGAAACAGUCCACCGUAUCAGAGCUCAAGACAGAAUUCGAAGAGAGCAGUCCAGAGAAGCUAGAUCGCGUGAAAACUCUAGCCGCUACUAUAAUCAGCCUUGUCAAUAACCUAGAUUCCCAACAGAUCGAGGAACAAAUGAAAUCACUAGAGAGGAAGUAUAACGACAUCCAAAAGCGAUUGCAGAGGAAGCUACAGAUCUUGGAAAUGACUCAGAAAGGUAUCGAUGACACUAAGAACGAAAUCGAGAAUGCCAGGGAUUGGGUGCAAACACAAUUGGUCAAUCUGAGGAAACAGGAACCUUUAGGUUUCGAAGUACACAGAACUGAGGAUAGAUUGAACUCUUUGAAGGCUCUUCUGAAGGAGACCGACAACAAGAACAUUCUGAGAGAUACUUUACUGAAACGGGUCAAUAAUAUGGUCAACGAAUUGGAACCUUCUGAGAAGACUCAACUAGAGAAUGCUCUGAGGAAUCUCAGCAGCGAACAAGAAGAACUAGUCGAGAACAUCAGGAAGGAAAUUGAUAAGACAAUAGCUGCUGGUAACACUCGUAAAAACUUGGAAGCGAAUCUGGAAAGAGCUAAAACUUGGUUGCAAGCUAAAAACGCUGAGGUCAGGAAGCUGAGCGGAUAUUUGCCGUUACAAUCAACAGAAGUGAAACGUGAAAUAGACCAACAACAAACGUACGAGACCGAAAUAAGAGUAUUUGGUUCUGGAGACCUUAACGACUUGAUCAAACUGGGCAACAGUGUGCUGAAGGAAUGCAACGAAAGCGACGCUGAACGCUUACAAGCUAUGCUCGAUGAAAUAAAAGAUGAAUAUGAUAACUUGAAGCAGGAAUGCGAUCAGAAGAUCAAAGCAUUGACUGAUCUUUUCCAAGGAAGAAAAGAGUUCGAACAAGGCAUCAAUAAAUGUAUCGAUUGGUUGAAGCAAGCUGAAGUAGCAACCAAAUCAGAGAUACGUACGCCAAACUUGGAAAUUCUUGAGGAGCAACUAGUUAAGUAUCUAAGGUUAUUAGAGGAAUCCCAAGAGGUUCAAAACAACAUAGAUAAAAUAAUAGAGCAAGGAAAGGCAAUACUUCCAACAGUCAGCGAAUCCGACAAAUACAGCCUGAACCAAACCUUGGACGAUAUGAAGGACUGGCAUAAACGAAUCUCUGAUUUAAUCAAAGACAGAACCGAUGCUCUCAAACAAAACAUCCUUCAACUGAGAGAUGCCAAGAAUAAGAUAGAGGAGAGCAUCCAGUUCAUCAACGAUAUACAGGCUCAGCUGAAAGACCUCAACAAGCCUAUAGGGUCCAAGGUGGAAGAUGUCAGGGGCGUGCUGUCUAUCUACGAAAACAUCUUGAAAGAUCUCAAAGCCAACAAAGAGAAACUGAACAACGUUCCAGGCAGUGACGACCUUCAAAACGUUCUGAACACGCAAGACGAACUUAUUAAAUCCAUCGAGGAUCAAAUCUCAAGAUUGCGUCAACUUUUGUUGCUUCGCGAACAGUUCAUAGCUUUGAUUACUGAAAUUACCACUUUCAUAACCAAAUAUACGGAAAUUAUAAGAGAUAUAGAGAAACCUGGUGGAACUGUGGAGGAGAAGAUCAAGAAAUACGAUGAUGUCAUCACUCAUAUACAAGAAUGCGAGGCUGUUUUAGCUUCCGCUUAUGACAAAGGCCAACAGAUAGCUGCUGAUUGCAGUGUGCAGGAUCAGAACAGCAUAACCGAACAGCUGCAAUCGCUGAAGAACUCGUUGCUGAACCUCAGAAGAGCAGUGGAGAAGCAGAGACAAGAGCAUGAAAACACAGCAGCAGAACAUAAGAAACUAGCUGUGACUCUAGGCAAUAUUUUAGACUACUUGCACAGUAAAGAGGCUAAGGCCAAAUCCAGACCUCUCUUGAAACGUACCAUCAGCAGCGUAGAGACGGAGAUAGAAGAACAUGGCAAGUUCGCAGGUGAAAUCUUGAGCUACUUGGAGAAAAUCCGUUCAAUUCAACAAUCAACCAGGAACGAUGACAGCAUGCCUAGUUCCCUCCUGGAACAACUAUCAGAAGCUAGUUCUUUAUUGAACUCCUUGCCAAACGAGCUCAAGGAAAGGGAGAACUACCUAACCUCCAAUAAAGAGAUGAGAGAAAGGUACGAAGCGUUGAAACAGAAGUUCUUCCACUGGAUAAAAGAGGCGGAAAUCAGGUUGGAGUCCUACAAGGAAGGUGUCGACUUCGAGAACAUCCUCACCGACCUGGAGGAACACAAGAUCUUCUUCAGCACGGAGGCCAGCAUAAGGGAGCUGAUCUCGGUGAGCAUACAGAAGGCGGCUGACGAUAUUUGGCCUAGUUUGACGACCGGAGAGCAAGAGGAACUUGGAAGGGAACAGCAACAUCUGACGCAGACGUUGAAGAACACCUUGAACUCCGCCAAGAGCCAGAAGGCUAGGUUGGAGCAGAGUGCUGAUAUGUGGAAGCAGUACUGCCAGGCUAGGGAUAAGGUGGAGUCUGUUAUAGCUAGGAGCAAGUUCUUGGAUGAGCCCGUUUCGACCCUGGCUGGUCUGCAUUUCAACGUGCAGAAGAUAUCGCAUGCCUUAAACGACAUUCAGAACCAACAAUUCGAGCUUGACCUUUUCCUGCAAUCAGUGAACGAGGUUUCCGAACAGGCGGACGAAAGAAACAAGAAGAACAUAGAAGAACAAGGACAGAAGGUGUCCAACGAAUGGACACGGCUGGUUUCGGACUUGGAGACUAGAAGAGAUACCCUGACGAGCUUGGCCCAGGUCUGGGAGACCUUCGAAGGUCGCUGGCAAAACUUCGAGAGCCUUUUGGCUGGCAUCGAAGAGAGAUCGAAACAUAUAGAGACUGUUGUCAGGAAUAGGGACCAUGUGAUUGCCACGAAGAAGUUGGUCGAGGAACUGCAAUCGGAAGCAGCAUCACUUCAAAGCCACAAGGACGAGACUGUAGACUUGUCCAGGAAUAUAAUCGUCUUUUUGGAUGGUGUUUCAAAGACUUCUUCGAAGGUUCUCUCGGACAAAUUGACCCAACUGAACAGGAGUUACGAAGGGCUCAUAGAAACCCUAUCGAACAGAAGAACUCAAAUUGAGGUAGACUUAUCGAGGAUAGACCAGAUCCUCACUCAAAUAUCCAAACAGAAAGAGAGGUUAAACAGGCUGAAAGAAGAAGCCGACAGUUUUUACGUCUUCGACCAAGACAUCUACAAGACCGAAGAGGCUCUGCUCGAUCUCAAGAGACGCGUAGAAGCCGAACUAAGCAACAGCAAAACUUUAGCUGAAGAUAUAACGAAAACCUACGAAUCCCAAGGUUCUUUACCAUCGGACAUCGCCCAAGAACUCAACCAAUUGGAGCUCUGCGGUGAGACAGUCCUCAACGCAAUGGAGGAAAAGAACAGGGAGUUUAAGAAGGCACGAACAGUCAGGACUGAGUACCUAACCGACGUCGAAAAGGUCCAAUCCUGGAUCAAGGAAGCCGAGAUCAAAAUACAAGACAGAAGCAUCGAACCUCAAAUCCUUCACGAGCAUCUUCAGAAGGUUCAAUCUGAGAUCUCAGGGAUCUGGGAUCGUCUGGACAAGUUGACCAAGAAUGGUAAGGUCAUCGCCGAGAAGACUAGAGAAGAAAAGGAGGCACAACUGAUCCUUUCCACCAUCGCUGAUCUCACUGAUCAGUUACAAAGGGUCAAAACAUGGCUUGAAGAGAAGCGUCAGCAGGUAGGAGAGACUCUAGAUGCCUGGCAGAGAUUCUUGACGCUUUACAAGGCUGUGAUGGCUUGGGUGGAGGAAAAGAAGAUCUUCCUCCAAGAGCCGUUGUAUAUCAGCACGCUCCAAGAAGCCAAGCAGAGGCUACACGAUUAUAACAACGCUGUCAAGGGAUGUAAAAUAGCAACUAAAAACCUCAGUGACAUGGUGAAAGAGCUAGAGAGUAUAGGUAAUCACACUAGCGUUGGAGAUCUCCCCAAAAAGAUGGAAGAAGCCGAUGAGGCUAAAACGGAAGUAGAAGCUCUCAUCUUAGAAAGAAACGGACUCCUACAAGAAACCUCAGAAGAAUGGGAACAAUGCGAGAAGAAGAUGAAGGACGUGAGGAACUGGGUUGAGAAGAACAAGGCUUCUUUAGAAUCCCCGCAAAACAAGAAGAAGGCCCUAAGAGACCAGCACGCCUUAAGGGAGAAGAUGAUGGCUGACAUCCACACACAAAAGUCGAAGAUCUCCCUUUCUGUCAAGAAACUACAGCUCCACUUUAGCUCUGGCAUAAGCGGAGAAGCCAAGGUCACCGAAUCCGCCCAAGAACUUCUCAAAGAAUUGAAUGAUCUGGAAGAAGAUAUCAGACAAGAAACGGCCCAACUGGAGACAGCCAUAGCCCAAGUAGACCAGUACCAACUAGAGGUUCAGCAGCUCCGCCAACAGAUGGUACAGGUUGAACAACAGCUCAGAACGGCAAUGGCGCCAGUUCAUCUGGCUGAUGACAGAGACCAGGCCCUCAAAGAACAACAGACCUCAACAACACGGCGGAUUAAAGAACUGACGAUCGCCAUACAAGAACUGGAUCCCUACAACUACACAGCGUCCGCCACGAUGGUCAAUCUGGAUCUCAGCUAUGCAGAUAUUGCAGCAGGACGUUCCAAGUCCACGGAGAGAUUCGCCCAACCAUCUCAGGAUGAGCUGCAACAUCCACGACCUGCAAUCGAGUCAACUGCCUCCAUACCGGAGAUAAACGUCGAAACUAUCGUGACCAAACAGUCCAAACAAGCGUUCGCUAAACCAAAGACUAAACCAGUUAAACGUGAUCAAGAAGAAACGCAAAGAAGUCCGCGAAAAAGUAGAUCCCCUAGACGUAAAGAAACUGUAAUAAUCGUUGAACCAACCCGUACCGAAACUGUUAUAAGUGAAUGUGAUGAACCAAGCGAACAAAAUUACAACCUCGCGCCUAAGAUAGAGAAGAGAUUGAGAUCUCCGAGUCCCAUGUGGCAGCCGGGCUCAGUUCCAUACGCUGAGGUCUUGAAAGGCCAUCAUUCGGAGGAAAGUUCGAGCGUUUCCGUUUUUGAAACUGUAACCACUGAAACUCAGUAUGUGCGCGAUACCAACAUAGAACCUGCACGGCAAAUACACACUUCGACAGUAGCUUCAGUGCCGGUCUCGGACCCCCAAGUGACAUACACGUUGCAAGAUGCUUGGAGUCAAUACAUCAACACUUACACCAAUUCACAAAUGAUGCAAAUGCCGACUACUAACGUGCCUUACUACAGCUCUAUGCCGGGUACAACCUACUAUAUCCCGGUACCGGAAGCCAUUGGAUUCAUAGCUUCCGGUCAACAACUCAUCAAUUCCGGUCUUGGUACUUACCAUUCCUCUCAGCAGUACGAACCUCCAACUAACUAUGAGGCCACUCCCAACGUUCCAAUGAUAGAAGAAAGCACCGAAACCAACGUCGUUGAAAAUGUGGUGGAAUCCCCCAAGGAGACCGUUGAGGUACCACCGGAAACAAAACCGACUAAGACCUUCUCCUACGCAAGCAUCCUUUCCCAAGGUCUAGAAAAAACUAUCCAGCCAUCCAGUACGAAAACCACAAACGCGAAAGAGAUGUCUCCAAAGCCUGUACACAGUGCCAGGUCUGAGGACGAUGAAUAUAAGAAACCAAAGUCUACUCGUAAAGAAGAAGGCAACCUCCAUGUUGAUGAUAAACAACAUGGUUCUGGUAGAUGGUCACAUCGAAAUCGACACAACGAAGGCUAUGCUCAAAAGCGCGAAAAAACAACGAGAGAUAAGAGUGAUAAAUCUUAUAGUUCUCAGGAAGAUAACACAAAAGUAGAUUUAGAUGAAAUAAAGCCUCGAAAUACCCAUAAAAAACUAUAUAGCGACAAAAUUGAAAAACGCGAACAUUUGGAUAUAUCCGAACAAGUAUAUGUUACAGAAACAGAAUCUGAAAAAAUUGAUAUUUCUGAGGUGCCUUCUCAGAAAUCCAAACCCAUGGAACAAAAGAAAGACCAUCGAAAAAUUGUUCCAAAAUCAGAACAAGAUACUGCAAGUCUUGAUACCGAUACCGAUAAUAUAAGCAAACAAUCUAACAAAUCAGCUAAAAACAAAAAAUCGAAGAAAUCUAAAGACUCAGUAUCAUCAACUGAAAACGAAAAUCUUAGGAAGGUUGACGAAAAUAUUUCUGUACAACAAUCUCAAUCAAAAGUAUUGAAUAUCGAAGAAUCAACCCAAAUAACUGAUGCGAAGAGUUUGAAGAAGAAAUCGAAAAAGAGUAAAUCAGGAUCUAAAGCUUUAGAUCAAGUUGAUUCAGAGAAGAAACAAAUUGAUGAAACUCAGGAACCAAUACCAAAUCAAUCGGAAGAUAAUGCUCUGAAGACAUCAUCUAAGAAAAAGAAGAAGAAUAAAAAUAAGUCUGGUGUUGUACAAGUUGAUGAAUCUGGUGAAAACAAAUCAAUAGUGCAAACUGAAGAAUUCAUAAAAUCUGAAAUUACAACCUCUUCUAGUUCUCUUGUAUCCGAAAAUGUAAAGAUAACUCGUGAAUUUAUCGAAGAAGAGAAGAGUAAUAUUCCAGAAGAAUCCCCUAUAGUAAAAGAAGAGAGUGCUUCCAAAAAGAAGAAAACAUCAAAGAAAUCUGAAAAACAAAUUAAUGUUGACAUUAGCCCCAAAGACAAAUUGCGAAGUAAUGAAGAUGAAAUUGUCUCAGCAACAGAUACCUCAGAAAUGGUGGUCAAUAAAGAAGAAGUACUUUCUGAAACAAUAGAAUUAAAAUCUGACGUUCCAAUGGUGAUUGAAAAUAUUUGUCAAACUAAAAAAGUAAUAGAGCAGGAACAAGAUGAAACAGAACAACAAAUUUCGGAAAUAUCAGAAACAGUUAUCUCUGAAUCUAUUAGUACACAAAAAGCCAUUAGUGAAAAUAUGGAAAUUAUUUCAAAGGAAGGUGGCCAAGAAAGUGUUGGCAAAAAAAGAAAAUCUAAGAAAUCGAAGAAGAUGACAAAGAUCAAUGAGCCCGAUUCUGAAAUUAAAGUCAAUACUGAACUCGAAAAAUUAAAAGAAGAAUCACCAAUAUCAACAGAAAAUACCAACAAAAUAGAUAUAGAGAUCCAUAAUCCUUCUACUGAGUCGUCAACUGAAAAUGACUUCAAAACUGAUAAAGAUAAAAAUGCUGUUAAUAUCAAUGAAAAAACAUUGAUAGUUAAUGAAGAAAAUGUAGCCAAGAAAUCUAAAAAACCUAAGAAGAAACCUACAAUACAAGUGACUACUUCAGAUAAAAUUGAAGAGACCAAAAAACUUUUACACUCUGAAAUAGAAUCUACCGUUACUGAAGAAAGUAUUUGCAGUAAUGUUACUACUAAUACUAUAACAGAGUCAGUUGAGGCAGCUUCGAUUAAAAAUGAUCAAGAAGAACAUGUUCCCGUAGAAGAGUCAGUUAAUAUGAAUGCUGUUCCUAAGAAGAAAAAAUCUAAAAAAUCUAAAAAGAAAAAUGAAGUGUCUGAAAAUAAAUCAGAUGAAACAGAAACUUCUAGUGAAAAUUUGACAACUAGCCAAAGAACUGAGACAUUCAUUACAAAUGAGAAGGAACUAGAAAAUGUUGUGAGAGUGUCAACAGAAAUCACAGGGCUCGAAACCACAAAGUUGAUUCUCGAAAAAACAACCCAACAGACUGAAGUGGUGGAAACAGAUACCCAAAAAUCUUCGAUACAAUCAAAUGAAAGUUCUGUAACAACUGAACUCGUAGACAAAAAUGAAACUGAAACUAAAAAAUCGAAAAAGAAUAAAAAAAAGAAAAACACCAAACAAAACACGCAAACAUCAGAACCAAAAGAGACUGUAGAACAGCCGGAGAUUAGGAAAGAAAACAAACGAAUGUCUACUCAGACUACUGAAACUUGUUCUGCUAUAGUUUCAAAAGUUAAUGAAAUCCAAGAAACCGAAUCGCAAGAAGGAGUAGUCUCAAAAAUUGAAACUCGAAUACUACCGGGAAAAACACAGGAGGGAAUCACUAAAGUGACACUUAUUACUCAUGAGGAGAUCAGAACGAAACCAGUUAUAUCACUAAAAAUGAGGCUACCUUCAGAAAGAGAAAUCUCUGAGGAACAAAGGAAGGUUCCCUUAGAUGUAUUGGAUUUCCAAGAGGUAAGAGAAGAUUCAGGAGUAUUCAUCAGCCCUGGAGAUAUCGAACAGGCUAUAUUUGGUUCAGUGAAAGAACGUCCAAAAUACAGAACACAAACAGUUAUUACAGAAACCCGUAGUAGCAAACAAGAAGGGAAAAGAGAUCUAUCUGAAGUCCAGACUCUGCAAUCAGAAAACAUGAUCACUAGAACUGAAGAUCGAACUACAGGAACUGAAGAUAAGAUCUCCAGAACUGAUUCCAUUGUAGACCAAGAAGUCUCAGAUGUGAAUGACAUAUUGGACAUCUUGAAAGGCAGAGCGGAGGCUUACAACAAAAACAUAGACGUUAGUGAGAGUUCAGACGUCAACAAAAGCACCGAAAGCGAAUGCGCCUUCUUCAAAUCUUCCCAAGAUUCUGAGAUCUGUCGAUCCACGGUUCUUGAAAGAAGAACUCGCGUUGAAACCAAACGUACCAUGAUCACAACUUCGUCUUCUUCUAUGAACGUGAGUUCUAAAGUCGUGUAUGAGCAAAAUGGACAAGGCAAGGUAGAAAUCAGUAGUUCAAGUCCUAAUGAAACAGGAGAAAGUAGAGACGAAGGGCAAAUAUUGGCAAUCGAUGAUAGGAAAGAAAAGAAGACAGAAUAUGCUGGUCUUCCUAUUGAUAUCACGACUAACAUUCUAAAUAUUUUAGAUGAACCGAUGGAAUUCUCUGAUGAUGAAGUUGAAAUGAAAGUACGUGAAGAGAUUAUCAUUGAGGGUGGAAAAAAAUCUGAAAUAACUGUGUCUGAAAAAGUCAAUGUUCUCGGUGUUCAGGUUGAGCAAGUUGAACAGGUAUCGCCAGUAGCUAAAAAAGAAUACGCUGGACUGCCCAUAGAUAAUUCAACUGAUAUUUUUGAUUUACUAGACGAGCCAAUGGAAAUAUCAGAUGAAGAACAAGACCAAAUGAAGACUGAUGACGAAAUUAAACAAGAGUUACAAAAGAAAAUCAUAUCUCCUCCUAAAAAAGAAUACGCUGGGUUGCCUAUUGACGAGUCGAGUAAUAUUUUGGAUAUCUUAGAUGAACCGUUUCAAAUAUCAGAUGAAGAGCUAGAAAAUACUGAAACUAAACAACAAAUAGAAGAUACUUUGGAGGUCAAAGUUGAAGAGAAAGGAAUAACAUCUUUUCUGCAAAUGACAGAAAUUAUUACACCGAAAAGAGAGUACGCUGGAUUACCUAUCGAUGAUUCUAGCAACAUUCUUGAUCUUUUAGAUGAACCCAUAUCAAUGUCCGAUGAUGAAAAUGAUGUAAAACAAGUGAUAUCUAUUUCACAAGAUACAACAAUUUCUCUGCCUAAAAAAGAAUACGCAGGAUUGCCUAUCGAUGAUUCUAGCAACAUUCUUGAUCUUCUGGAUGAACCCAUACAAAUUCCAGAUGAUGAAAAUGAGAUAAAACAAGUGAUAUCUAUUUCACAAGGUACAACAAUUUCUCUGCCUAAAAAAGAAUACGCAGGAUUGCCUAUCGAUGAUUCUAGCAAUAUUCUUGAUCUUCUGGAUGAACCCAUACAGAUGUCCGAUGAUGAAAAUGAGGUUAAACAAACUAUAUCUAUUUCACAAGAGACGAAGACCACUACUCCUAAAAUAGAAUACGCUGGAUUGCCUAUUGAUGACUCUAGUAACAUCCUUGAUCUAUUGGAUGAACCUAUGCACAUAUCGGACGAUGAAAUCGAAGAAAAACAACCGUCAUCUGUUCAGAAAGAAACAAAGACCACACCACCUAAAAAAGAUUAUGCUGGACUGCCUAUUGAUGAGUCUAGUAAUAUUCUAGAUCUUUUGGAUGAACCUAUACAGCUAUCAGAUGAUGAAAACGAGGACGUAAAUGUUUUGCCAAACAUUCAAGAAUCAAAGAUUUCUUUGCCGAAGAAAGAUUACGCUGGAUUACCUAUAGAUGAAUCUAGUAACAUUCUCGACCUUCUGGACGAACCGAUGGAGAUGUCAGAUGAUGAAGAAACAGUGGCUAAAACUUUUGAGAACAAAGAAGUUGAUCAACCUAUUCCAGAGAACGUAAAAUCUGCCCCAACUGAAAAAGAGUCUAGUAAUAUUAUUGAUGUCUUAGAUGAGCCUAGUAAACUAUCAGAUGACGAAGUAAAAACUGUAAUUGAACAAGACUUGCCAAAACCAACAGCUACUAAGGAAGAGCACGGUGAACAACUGUCUAUUGUUGAAUCGAGCAGUGUAAUCGAUAUUUCUAGUCAAAGGAUUCAAACAACCCACAAAGGGAAUGAGCAUGAUCAAAUUGAAAAAUCUUCAAAAGAACAGGAUAAGAUGGUCACCACUUACGCUGAAAUUCUGAAAAAUAAAUUAGAUACAAAGACAGAAAAUGUUCCGUUAGAUAGUGCAUCCGGUAUGUCAAGUGUACAUGAACUGUUGAACCAACAGAUGAAAUCUUCCGAUGAAGUUAAAAUAUCAGAGAGUAUCACAACCAAAAUUACCGACUACCGAUUUGAAAGCAGAGAAAGUGACGACUUUAUUCGUAUAGAAGUGAUUGGGUCAGAAAUAGAAAGAAAAUCACCUGAAGAAACCCCAACUCCUUCACCAAUCAAAUCACCAGAACUUGGCACCGACGACGAAUAUGACAUUAUUCAUAAGGAUGAGUUGCCUUCCCCCAAAGAGGUUGAGGAUCAGAAAAGACCAACUGACUCGGAAUGUGUAAGUGUAGUGAGCAAACCUUCAAGUCUACUCAAACCUGACUCGGAAGAAGCUAGACAGAAACCUAAAAAGAAAAAAUCUGUCUCAUUUGGAUCUGCAGAUUUCAUUCCUCUAGAAUCAGAAAUACAACAGAGUUCAACAGAACAAUUCAUUGAAUUUGAAAAGAUAUCUGCUGCUGCAACAGUUGAGACUGUUUCCAGUAUAAAAUCUACAGAAUCUCAAAAAACAGAUAAAGGUGAUGUUGAUGAAGUUCCCAGUGUUAAGUCCAAAAAAGAAAAGAAGAAGAAAAAAUCUAAGCAAGCUCGUAGUGAAAAACCUGCUACUCCUGAUGAGAAAACUGAUCAACCAUCAAUUGCAUCUGAAGAAACAAAAGCUGCCAAAAAAGAGAAAAUUGAAAAAUUAGAGGCACAACCUAUUGUGGAGGCAUCAAAGACACAAUAUAGUAUAAAAGGAGCUAAAUUGGAAGAAGUAUAUGUAUCUCCAACGGAGUCGUUUGAAAUUGUUGAAACUCCAGAGGUUGAUCUAGAAGUUGUAGAAGUACUUAAGGAAGUAGAAAUCAAGGAAGAAAAUCUAAAACCUAAUGAAGAAGAAAAGAUUAAAUGUACAAGGUUAGAAUAUACCGAAACACCAGAAGAUCAAAAAAACAAAACUGAAAGUGUUGAUGUUGUAGCGACAAUUGAAACCAAAACCGAAAGUAUACCAAAAGGUGAUACAAUAUCGCCACAAGUUACUUCUCGAACAGAGAGAAGUCCUACUGAAAAACGUAGAGACUGCAGCACAUAUGAAGACAUCAUAAGAUUGAUAGGAUAUGACGUUAUAGAUCAGAGAAAAUCUGAAUUGAAUUGGCACGAGAAGAAAUUGAAGGACACUGAACAGAAAGAAGUCCAAGAAACAAGAACUCUUCAUCAAUCAUCAUCUGAGUUUUCUGAUGAAACAACAAAAGAAACUACUAUUAUUGACGCGAUCCCAUCAAAAAUGGUUCUCGAAGAAGUAUAUAUAGAACAGUAUAGUGACUUAAUUAAACUUGUUCAAUACAGAUUGUCGGACUUAUGGAAGAGUGAAAUACAGUGGCAGAUCUCCAAGAAUAAGAGAGAUUCUCCUGAACCAACAGAAGAAGAUAUAAUAGAAACUGAAAAGGUUGAAGUGAAAGAACAAAAAGAGACCAAACAGAUAGAACCAAAACAAAAAUUAGAGAUAAAACCAACCAGCCUAAUCAAAGUUGAUAUUUUCACAGAACAGUACAACGAUCUUUUCAAGUUAGUUCAGUAUAAUAUGCUCGAUUUGUGGAAAAAAGAAGAACUCUGGUAUGUUCUGAAGAGCAGAGAAGUUGAGAAUGUGAAUGUAGAAACACAAAAUGAACCAGUUGUGGAUAAUUCCAUCGAUAUGGAUAUUUCUAAGAGCAAAGAAGUUAGUGUUGAAAAUGUGGAAGUGCAGGAACAAAAUGAACAAGUUUUGGAACACUCAAUCGAUAUGGACAUUUCCAAGAGCAUGGAAGUUAGUGUUGAAAAUGCGCAAGUUCAGAAACAAAAUGGACAAGUUGUGAAAGACUUAAUAGAUGAGGACACUUCCAAGAACAAUGUCGAGAAUGUAAAAGAGCAAAUUUCUGAAAUCAAGAAAAUCAAUGUCGAGAGUGUGGGAGCACAAAAACAAGUUCUGGAAGAAUCAAUUCUUGAAAACAAAGAAGUUAUUAUAAAAAAUGUGAAAGAACAAAAACAAGAAGUACAAAUUAUGAAAGACUCAAUUGAUACCGACAUUCUCAAGAACAAAGAAGUUGAGAAUGUGAAAAUACAAAUUGAACUAUCUGUGCAAGACCCAACUGAUAUCAAACUUGCAAAACCACAAGAGGAUACAGUUAAAGCACCAAUUUUGGACACUAGAGGAAGAAAUAUAAGGCCUGAACAAUAUAACGACCUAGUGAAACUUGUUGAAUAUGGAUUACCACAGUUGUUGAGAAAAGAAAUUGAAUGGAAUAUAAGAAAGGUUAAAGAAAAUCAGGUGAUCACAAAAGAAACCGAACUAACUGAUGAGAAACCUCAAGUUUUGAUGAAUAUUCAUAAAGAUUUCAUCCGAUCUGAACAAUAUGAGGAUUUGAUCAAACUGAUCCAUUACAAAACACUCAAUUUUUACGAUAGUGAAAUACAAUGGCUCAUCAUCAAACAGUCUGAAAAUCAACAAGAAGAAAUUCUUGAUGAAGAACAAACGGAUUCUUCUCUGGAAUAUGAGGAGGCUGUCACCAUUGACGAAUCAUCAAGAGAAGAGGUUAUUGAUCUAGAAACAUUUAUACGAGAGGCUGAGGAGGCUGCCACAAUUGACGAAUCAUCAAAAGAACAGGUUAUUGAUCUGGAGAAAUUUAUACUAGAGGCUGAGGAGUAUCUCAAAACUAAAGAAGAGGAAAUUCGGUACGCUCAAUCAACUAAAGAAUUGUUAGAAAAGGAGAAAACAUACGAAUCGAUCUCAAAAGAUGUGGUUAACGUAGAGAAUGUUGAUUCAAUGCUAACUGAAGUUAAAGAUCAAAUAGUCCAUCCAAAUUCAAAAGCGAAAACUAUCGAAAAAGAAGAAUCUUUACAAUUUGCCACAUCUGAAGAGGUAUGUGGUAAAUUCAUAAAAAAGGAACAGAUGGAAGGUAGUACGACUACGCUCAAUGAAAAAUCUGAAACAAUAACAGUCAAACAAGAGGUUCUCGAAACUGUUGAGUCAGAACCAACUGCAAAAAAAGAAGAACAAAUUCAGCAGAAGGAAAAUGAGUUCGAAGUUGAGGAAGUAAGUGAAGAAAAAGAAAAAAUACCUGUUAACGUUGUCCCCUCAAAAUCAUCACCUGAUACUGCUAUCGAACUUGAAGAGGCAGUAGUAAGAGUACCAAUAAAUCUGAAGGAAAAUAUUGAAACAAAUAUUGAAGAACCUGAAGAAAACAUACUGGAAUAUCGAGAAGUACCAACAGAUUCUCAAGCUGUUGCAGUUCUAGACGAAAGUGUUUCCAUUAAAAACGAGAGAAACAGUCAAAGUGAAAUAGCAGAUGAAAUCGAAUCAAGUUUGGUAGUAAGUACUCAAAAAACCAAUUUGACCUUCGAAGAUAUACCAAAUAAUGCAGUGGAUAUACAAGAACAUAUUUCUGUUGAGAAAAUAGAGGUCUCUGAAGAAAACUAUGAUGAAUUCAUAUCUAGCUUGAAUCCAAACGCUGCUGAGUUUGUUCCUGGUCUCAGAAAUAUUGAGCCAACAUUCCAAACUACCAAUGAUAACUCAGAGACGUUCAUUUCGACCACAAAUUCUACCUGGUCCGAAGGAAAUACCUAUUUUGCUUAUGAAGAUCGUACUACCCACGCUUGGAUUGAUCAAAUACUUGAAGAUUCCGACCAUAUAACAACUUAUAAAACAACCGAAUUCAUCAAUAUCGUACCAUCAGAAAGAAGCACAACCGAAGAUUUCUUGUUGGUAGAGAAAACUAUCACAGAAACAGAAAGUAAAGAAAUCGAAUCGCCUAUAACAGAAGAAAUUCUUAACGUGGUUAGUGUUGAUGAGCAAAAGGAAAAUAAAUUGGAGAUGAGUGAAGCUAAGAUAGAACCAAUUAUUUGCACUGAUGAGAAUAUUCAGCAUUCUUUUGUUCCAACAGAUUCCACGCAAGUUGUAUUAGUUGAAAAUGUCAAUACAGUUGAAAGUAGUGUAGAAGAAGUGCAUACCAAAUCCGAGAAAUCUAAGAAAAAGAAGAAAAAAUCUAAAAAACAAGAUUCUCCGAAAGAAAGUCCUUUGCAGGUCGAAAAAAUUGUUUCGACAGAAAUUGUGAGUGAAGACCAGAAAUCGUCUCCGAGAGAAAAUGAGCCACAACAGGUUACUCAGGUCAUAUCAGAGAAAAAAGAGACUUCUGAAAUACCUUCUGAAAAAGAGCACAAUCUGUUUGCACCAUCUUGGGCUAAUAUAGUUAAAAGGAAGACAAAACCUGAAAGUAUUUCUUUCUUGCAAUCUGAAACACAAAGCGUUAAAAUAACGAAUAUCAAAGAUUCUUGGGAAAGUGAGAAAAAAGUUGCAUCUUCAAGUUUCAUACGUGAUGAAAUUGCUUCUGCAGUGAUUGAAGAACCCACCUUGCAAAAAUCAUCGCCAAUCAAUAAUAAAAAGUCGAAAGAUAAAUCCAAAAAGAAAGCUAAAGAAGUGGUUUCUCUAGAGACCUCUAAAAACCGAGAAGAGGUGAAAACAACCGAUAAUAAAUCCGACAAAGAUAAACACGUCCAUGCUCUUGAAAAAUCGAAGAUAUCAACGCUGACUGACAAGACUGACAGUGAAAAUGACAACCCAGAAAUUAAUGUGAAUGAAAUUUGUCAGAGUUCUACUCAAAAAAGAGAUGUAUCGCAGGAAUCUUUAAAACACUUGGGUAAAACCUAUGCAGAAGUGAUAGCGUCGGCAACUCGAGAAAAUUCAAACCAAACAGCAGCUGUUUCCGAGAAACCUCAAAGCAAAUCUAUACUCCAGGCAAAUAUUUUAGUUCCCCAAGUCCAAAUUACAGUAACCGAAAGCGAAGAUCAACCUACGUCUUCGCAGGAUAACAGUGAAGGUUUUAUAGAAGUUAAAAGACGAAGAAGUCGCUCACGUUCAACGUCUAAUAUCAGAGAUAGGAAGGAAAAGUCUAAGUCUCCAUCUGGUAGAGAGACCAUGGGAAAGAGGAAGCCUAGGAAGCGUACGAAAGACGAAACAGGAUCUACUGGAUCAACGCAAUCCGUUAAACACUACAAAGGAUGUGCUUCACCAUCAUCUUCUCUCAAUAGUUCUUGUUAUGGCGAUUCUAGACCAGUAUCAGCAGUCUCAGUUGAACCUGAAGUAUCAGAACCUGUCAUUAGUAAAUCAGAAGAUACAACAAACGUUGAAAAUGUCGAGAAAACACAAGAAGUUUCUGAAGUAAAAACCACAACGACGAAGAAGAAAUCUAAGCAUAAGAGUAAAGGCUCCGUUGAGGCAGAUAUAAGUGAAGUUUCCCCUCCUUUAGAAGGAGAAAUAAAGACUGAAAGUAGCCAUUCCCUGGCUUCUUCAGCGAACCAAGAGAUACCUGGUGAUUCAGUUCCAACUACUACAAUUCCUGAACUGCACCUCGAGAAAUCCGAUGAAAGCAAGCUGAAUAUCCUUUUGGGUUCUCAAAAAUCAAGCGUGGCCAGCACAGAAAUAAGGCUAGAGCCUGAAUUCCAUCGGGAAUUCAGACCACGUACAACCAUUUCAGAACAAGAUCAAAUACCACAAAUCAUACCAGGGUUGAUUAAACAGAUAUGCGAAGAAAUCGACAAGACCGAUAACUCCGAGUUCAUCGCUGCAGAAUCGGAAUCAAUACUGGUGUCCAAAGAAAGAACAGCUUCUUCCAGCGAAUCUAUCUUGGUCUCGGUGGAAGAUUUGAAACAGCAAACGCAUUUCUUGGAAGCAAAUGUAGUCAAAGAUCCUUCGGCUCGCCUAGAGCACACUGAGAGUGAUGUAGAUAUUCACAUAGACGUUCAAAGUGUGGUGGCAGUUGAUAAGCCGGAAUCAUCGUCCUCUGAAGUUAAAAUAGAGACACCGAGCAAGAAGUCACGAAAGCAGAAAGCAAAGAAAUGUAAAAGCGAGGAGAAGCUCCAGAAGGAGCCUGUACUACAAGAGCAGGCCUCGUCAACUUCAUUGAACAGCGAAUACGUUGAAAGGAAGGAGUCUUCGGAAGAAAAACAAUCUAAAACGGUACUUAUAUCAUCCAGUUCCGAGGUUAUAGAAGAAAUCAAGUCAGAACCGAUAGAACCUCAACAAAUCGAAGACUCCGACCAAGACGCUAUCAGUGAGAAAUCCAUCAGAAGCAAGUCUUCAGGUAUAGAGGUCUCGAUGACCAACAGCGUCGAUCUGACGCCGAGAACCGAGGAUUCUGCCUUGAGACAAGCUGGCGAUACCCUCAAUGUAACCGAGAAUACAAGCCUCCAAGUUGACUCCCUGAGAACUGAAGGAAACAUCGAAGACCUGAUCCCGAACUCGAUAGAUGAAAUCGAGAACAACGAGUUGGACACCAACGUCAGCGAAAACUACACAGACAACAACCGCAACCUUACAGAUCUCGAAUCGGAUCUUUUACACCUCACCGAUUCCGACUACCAGCUACCCGAAGACAAGGAGUCAGAAUUGGACUCGGAGUCUUUGGUGCAGCUGAAGAGCUUCGUCAAGAAGUUAGAACCAGAGAAGCCUGAAGUGACAGGACCGGAACCAGUGCAGUCUGUAAACGUUGAACAAUCUAUGUCUAUAGACUCCUUAGAUCCGAAAUCCGAGGAACAAAAAUCGGAGGAAAUGAAGACUGGUACCUCGGGUUCAGGAGGUGCGUGGUACUACUCUAGGUCGAACCCUGUGCAGGGUAGUCACUCUGGAGAAAAACUCAGUGGUUCCGAUUCCGAUAACAGAAACGACGAAGACGAUUACGAGGAUCCCUACGAACAUCUGCGGAAUCAGUCCAAGUACUUCGAUGAGGCGGAUCUGAACCUUGUAGGUUGUACUAUACCCCCUCCACCAGAACGACGUCCGAAAAUAAAAAUUCCUUCAGAGGACUCAGAACGCCAGGAAUACCCUUGGCCAGGAAAAUGUGGUGCUGAGGGUCAGAUGGACUACAUUAUCGAAUACCAGAUCGCGACCGAAUACCAUGCUGAUCCUCUGGUUUCCAUCAGGAAUGACACCAAAUCAGUCUCAGAAAUGGACAGCUUCAGCGACGCCCUGGAUUCUUCACCAGUUGAAUCCGACACCAAGCUGGAAGGCGAGGAGGGUGUUGAUUAUAUUCAGAUGAACCCCGUUAUCCUUUCCGAAAGUGUGAUAGAUCAGAUCAAGUCACAUUCGGCAGACACAACUAUCGAUAAGGUGAUAUCGCAGAGAAAGAGGGGUACCAUCAGCAUGGUCGGUGAUCUGGAUGCUGAAUCGGCUGAAGAUGUAUCUGUGAAUGCACAAAAAAGUGAAUCUCUGUUAGCUGAAGAUCUCGGUACUGAAGAAAACCGACCUGUAGAACCUGUACUGUCUGAAAUCUUCACCGAGGACUUGGAAGAUACAGAGAUUUUGGAGAAGCCAGUUGAGGUAAAGAAGAAGGAUAAGAAAGGCAUCUGCGCUAAGAUUAUUCAUUCUUUAACUGGAAAAAUAAAGGAAAAAUCUCCACCGGCAGAUACUAAACCAGAAUCUGAAAAUUUUUCUCCAGCAGAGACCAAGAAAGAUAAGAAGAAAAAGAAGAAGAAGUCCAAUAAGGAUAAAACAAGCGGCGCUGAAGAAAAACCUCAAAACGAAGACCAAAGCAGAAAAGAAGACGUCAACAAGGAAUUCUUAGAUAACGAAAAGAAGGAUACUUUGAGUCGACAACAGUCUCCGUCUGUUUCGGAAAGUAGCACGGAGAAACGGACUUUCUUGAGGAGCAUCUUCGGCGUGACCAAACACAGAAAAUGCUCGAUCACCUCACAAGAGUCUACAGAAAAAACAGACUCGUCACUUGAGAACACUCCGAGUCCAACAGAAAACAAGAAGAUGUGGGACGAGACUGAAACCACGAAGAUCGUUGAGUUGAAGAGCGUUUCGGACAGCAAGGUUCCAGAGAAGACGCUGAAGAAAUCGAAGAAGGAGAAGAAUGCGGAGAAGAGCAAAUCCGGGGUGAUCGGCAGUCUUAUGUCUAAAAUAUCCGGAGUCAUCGCUCCAAAGAAGGAUAAGAGCGAUUGCGUGUGCACAGACGAAGAAGUGAGGCUUAGAGACCUCGCAAGGAACCUCUCCCACGACGGACCCUUCUGGUUGGCCAAGAACGUGUACGAAGAUGCUGAGAUGCGCUGGCGCAUCGACUUGGCAAGGAAGAACAAGCAACAAGCGGCCGGAGACGCUUCUUUGAAAACGUUCGAUAAUGAUCCAGACAACGGAGACAACGGUUCUUCCAGAGGGGGUUCCCCUGAUCAUUCUCACCAUCUCCAGACGAGAACGAACGCGGUAGACAGCAAGGUCUAUUCCUUGCCCGGUAGAGUAGCCGGUUGGAAAGACGAAAGCACUUACUUAAGCCCCGAACCGUUGUCGGACUCGGAAACGUUCGCGGAGACCACAGACGCCACCGACCCUAUCCCUCUUUUUCUUCCUCCUGUAGGGCCCACAGAGCAGCAGACCGCAUCACCAGCACCGCCCAUAAGUUCGAACUGUUACCAACAGAAACAGCAGUUAAACGAAGACUUCGGUAAUCUGGAGAGAUCAGUGCAAGUUACAGAAGCCUCUAUUGAACAUCUGCCGCAGAAGGAUUUCCCACAAAUUUUGAAAGCCUUGGAGAUAAUCGCCACAGAUCUUAAGAAACACGCUGCUGAAGCCAUACGCCUGGAAAGCCUGACCCUCGAGCUAAAUUCAGAUGAGGAUACAGAGAACUUGGUAGCCAGUUUGGCCAAGGUCAGAACCAGGAUAGCCUUCCUGUUAUCUCAGGCCGAAAAUGGACGGACAGCCAUAACUAAGGCACAAUCGAACCAGGACAAGAAAAAACGAGAACUCGAGGACUACAAAAACCUCCUGAACGAAAUCGAGACCUGGAUUGUGUCCGUAAGGACCAUAUUAGAGACUUCUAAACGAACAAACACCGAAUCUCAAAUACAAGAAUUCAUCAUCGAAGUCGAAAACCUUCACAGAGAACUUUUAGAGAAGGAAAGAAAACUGGUGGAACUCUCCAAGAUCUGCAAGGAAUUCCAGAAGCACGCCGACCUCGAACAAAUUUCUCUGGCGCUAUGCAUCCAGUUGGAAUCCAUACUGAAAAUAUUCGCCGAACAAAAAACAAUAUUCGAGCUUAAAAUAGAGGAAUUCACGAGGACCCUUGAGGAAGUCCGAGAAAGAAGAAGGAGCAUCGCUGCGACUCCAGAUACUUCCUUGGAGAACACCCUCAAUUCAAUUUCUAUGCCCAUUGAGGAAGUUUCUAUUCACGCCAAUGCACAGGAGGUUUCCGAGCCUCUAAUACAUCAGUCACAAGCUGUAGCCGUGACCAUAGAGACUCAGACAGGAAACAGUUUGAAGUCACCAAAGAAAGAGCCUACGAAAAAAGACUUCACUGUCACUUACAACGAACCAGUAGACGCUCAAAUUCAGGCUCAACUUUCUAAGGAAUCUAUGGAAUGGGAAGGCGAUACCAGAAAGAGAGAAACAAUCACAAUCUCCAAAUAUACCACGAGCGGUGGUGAAGAAACCAUACAGAUCGCUACCAAACCAAUGGAACCCCAACCGCUGAUCCAAGAACCCGACGAUGACCUCCUGGUGGAAGCCAGUUAUAAGAAUCAAGCAGAAACGGACGCUAUGUCCAUGGAGUUGAACAUAUCCAAUGCCAAACCAAACCAGCCCUAUGAAACUGUGAUGGUUGAACCAGACGAGACCACUACAGAGGUCAUAGUGGACGCUGAUGGUACAAAGAGAAUAAUCGUGAAGAAAUUGCACAGAACUGUUGUCAGACACCAACAAACGGUUCAGCAACAAAACCUUACCUCCAUGAGCACGCUGACGCAAGACAAUGUUCCUAUUAGCCAGUCAUUCUCCCAAGUUACCCUUCAAGGUCAGCAAAGUAGCACUACAGUAGCUAGAGGAGAUGGCAGACGAGAAAUAUUGACCAAUAGGCAGUAUGGUGGUAAUAUAAUAUCAGGCACAACUGGCGGAGAUAUCGACGUCCAAGAAUUCAAAACCGACCCAGAAACCCACUACACUGUAAUCGAAGCUGAUAAGCCAACAGAAGUAGAAAUCCAAGGUGUUAAACUCCACGAAGGAGAUGUAACAUUUGUUGAUGAAGCCAACAAGUUGUUAUCCACUGAACAGGGUCACAUGGCGUUCGAAACCAGUCAGAUCCACACGUCUAGCUCUAGCGUCAGAGCGGUGGUUCAGCAGGUAACCAGGAAAGUUAUCAGGAAGACUAGAAGAAUAAUCAGAAGGAUAGUAAUUGUUGAUGGAAAAGAACAGAUCACUGAGGAAGUCGUAGAAGAGCCCGAGGAAGUAGAAGUGACUGAAGAGGGAAUACCAAGAGUUAGCAUCAAUGUUACGAAAACUGUUGAUGGUUCAGUUGUUUCGGAAAGGCAGUAUGGACAACCUGCCGCUGCUCCUGGUGAAGAUGUGGAGUUCCAGGAAUCGGUUGUUAUAGAACCAGUUAUUGCAACAACCUCUGAACAACAACAAAGUGAAAAAAUUCUGAUUAGACAAACAGCUCUAUCUAUCGAACCUACGGAAGUUAUUGAAAUAGACCAACCUGCUUCCAUUAUAACAGAAACUUCUGAGGUAGUAAUAUCUCCACCCAUUGAGAUUGAUAAAUCAAUAGAAAAAUCCCCCACAACACCACAAGUGAAGGAAUCACCACAACUCACUGAAAAGACACCCGAAGAACUUGAAGAGAAAAAACCUUCACCUAUCCAAGAAACUCUACAAAUAACCACAAAAGAAUUAGAAUCAGAUAUAGAACAUAUACCUGCUGAUCAAGAAGCAGGCUGCUCCGAAGUCGUGGUGCAGGAAAUAAACGAAUCUGAACAGAGGUAUGUUGAACACAAAUCACCUCUGCCAUUGAUCGCACAGCAUGUUACAACUCAGACAAGUUUUGAAACGCAUAAAGAAAUGAUUCCUUCCUGCACGCCUGUCCAUGAGAAAGUAGAGAAUGAAUUAUCUGCACCUACUGUUGAACAAGUAUCUGUUCGAUCACCUAGCGUUGACGUAGCAAGUAGCAAAGAACAGCCUGUAACUGAAGUUUUUCAUGCUACAGUGUCGCCUCAGGACCAUCCUACUGAGGUAGUUAACUCUAAAGUCACACCAAUAACAUCAGAAAAAGAACCAAAACUCCAACAAACAACAUCUGAAAUACCUCUACUACAUGUUGAUAGAGAAAAGUCAAGUCCAGUAGAUAUAUUCAUAGCUACGGAAAGGAAUCAUAGUGAAAUAACAGCACAACAAGACACUAAUAUUGCACCUUCUGCCACUACUACUAAAAUAAUAGACGUAUCGAAAUCUGGAGAAACUAGUACGACUACAAAAGACUUCGUAAUCGAAGAACAAAAGACUUCUAUACUGCCAGAACAGAACGAAGAGAUAGAAAAUAAGACUGAAACACCUUCAUCUCCGAAGAAACAACAGCAAGCGGUUGAGAUCACAGUAUCUUUGGAAGAAAAACCCAUGGAUUGGAAAUUCGAAACUGCUAAAAUAUCCAGUAAGAUUACAAUAGAGAAGAAGACCGAAGUCCAAGAGGAAAAACUUCAACGCGAAAGCGACUUCUCUUUGCCAUCGAUCUCCCAAAAAGUCACACAAAACCUGCCAACACCUAGACACGAAGAAGUACCAGCUGUGAUUGAGUCUUCUCUUCAUGAAACGUCAAUCACGUCUAGCGAAAUAGAUCACGGAGGAAGAAAGAGUAAGAGAAAAAAGAAAUCAAAAACGCCCGAAGAAGAAUCCAAAUCUAUUGAAAAGGUAGAAGAAAAAGUAACUACCGAAGAAGCUAUACCGACCGAAGAAAUCAUGCCAGCUGAGGAAAUCUCUCUUGAAACAACUCUCUCUGAAUCAACAGAUAUAAUCAUACCCACCGACUCGCAAGAAUGCGGAGAAGAAAGUCCAAAACCAACUUUCGAGUCUUUUGAACCGGUGACCGAAUCGGAUCAGGAAGAAAGAAGCAAGGAUACGGGUUACGAAGCUGAUAAGACCACAGUAGAUGAAAGCCUCAUGGAAGAUAACGAAAAGGAGAAGAAGAAACGCGUGAAGAAAAAGAAGAAACAGAAGCUAAAAGUCAAGGACACCGACGAAUCAUCACAUGUACCAAAGUCACUAUCUGACUCCGUAGAAGCAGGAGAAUCAAUCGUAUUCACCGACGACGAUAAAGCUGUUAAAGUUGAGGAGGAAGAGAACAAGGACUCGAAGAAGAAAAAGAGGAAGAAGAACAAAAGGGGAGAACGAAAAGAAUCCGAAAGUGAACCUCUGCCAGAUGAAACGGUAGAUGAUAGUGAAGUUUUCUCCGAACCACCACCACAUCAGGCCAAAGAUGAAGAACUAGACUCAGUUAACGAUUCUUAUCAAACUAUUUCAACAGCUUCCGAAGUCGGAACAGUAAAAGUUAUCGAAGAAACCAUUUUGGCUCCAAGUAGUGAAGAAACCAAACUAAUCGUCAAAGAAAUUGUGACAAAGAUCCCUGUCGUUGAAGCUGUUUUCAUACAAGAGCAAGACUCUCAGACCUCUCCUGAAGUUGUUACUGAAAUUGCUACUGUUGAUACCAAACCCACGUCAAUGCAAACUUCUCCAGAACUUCAAAUAGAAACAACAGAAUUCUCUAUACAGACUGAUGAGGAGAAGGUGGAGAAACCCGAAUUAGUCGAGACUUCUAGCCAGGUAGAAAUUACGGUCAGUGAAGUCGACAUACAGACAUCUCAAGAAGAAACAUCGCCAGAUCAAGAGAAGAAAGACAUCAAAGACACUUCCAUGCAAACUAUCACACCAGAAGUAGUAGAAAUUCGAGAGGAACCAGCAAAAUCAACUCUCGAAAGGCAAGAACCUAUUGAAACUGUCGAAUCUUCCAUGCAAGCAUCGCAGAAUGUAGAGGAGAGAGAAAUGCAAACUAGUCCUAUAGAAGUAACUAAAAUAGAAACGGUAGAAGUAGAAACUCAAGCGCAUCAGACACCUGAAAUUCAUUCAGCCCAAACUUCGCCUCUACCAUCAGCACCACCAAUGGAAGACGUUUGCGUUGAAACCGAUAAAGAAUCACCAAUAUCCCCAUCACCGAAACAGGAACCAGCUGAAAUGGAAGAAAGAGAAGCCCAGACCAGCUUUGUAGAUAUCAAAAAUGAAAGUUUCGAUGUCGAAACUCAAGCCUACCAAUCGAUAGACGUACACUCUGUUCAAACAUCACCUCAUCCAUCAGAACCACAAACUGAAGACGUUGCUGUGGAAACAGACAGGCAAACUUCAAGACCAUCCUCAGCAGAAAUCGUUAAGGUACAAGAAACCAAAAUCGAAGAGCGUGAAAUGCAAACAAGUCCUGUAGUUGAACCUAAAAAAGAGACUGCAGAAGUUGAGACUCAAGCACAUCAAGCCUCAGAUAUACAUUCUGCUCAGACUUCCCCUGUACCAUCAGCUCAAACUGAAGAUGUUGGUGUUGAAACCGACAAAGAGUCUACACCGGUUAGUCCUGUAAGGAUGUCUUCAGUAGAAACAUCAGAAACUGCAACACAGGCUAAGCCAACUCCAGAACAUCAAUCAUCCCAAACAUCUCCCUUACCGACUACCUCUACAGUACAUGCUAAUGUGGGUACAGAAUAUUUGGUUGAAGAUAAAACUCAAACCUUCGAAACAGACACCCAGACAUCGCCAACUCCGGAUGUAGUUCAAAUGACACCUCCCAGUAGUCUGUCAGAAUAUGAAGUUUUAGUAAAAGCAUCCAUCAGUAUACUUACUGACGAAAGAGGAAAUUCUCAGCCAGUCUAUGUCAACGUGGACACCGACUUACCCCAUGAUGGAAAUACUGAUGAUGAGAUGAAAGACGAAGUCGACAAUGUGAGCGUUGAAGUUGCUUUAGACGAUCUGGUGCUUAAAAAGCACUCCACCUUAACGGACUUCAUAGAGAAAGAGAGAACUGACGUUCAAAACCAACUAACCGACGUACCAAUAGAGGGCGUGGUCGUAUCUUCGAUAGUGACCGAUUUGAACGAAGAAAAAGUUGAGGAGAUGAGGAAUAAAACUGCUUCACCACAGUCUGAAGAUGCAGAAGUCCAUAUAAAACUUUCGAUACCACAAGACCAAUCUCUAUCAUCUGAUAACUCCGAGGAUGCCUUCAAAGUUGAGUCUUUCAUUACGGAAACAACUCAUAAGAUUGUUGAAGACGAUGUUCCUGAAGUAAGUGAGAUAACUGAAACACCAACAACAGAGACUGAAUCCACUCAGGAUACUGUGAAGACCGUAAUUGUCGUUGGUGAUUCCGAUAGAUUGGUUCCAGUAUCAGAACCAACUGUCCAGAAAACGAGAAUAUCUUCUCCGAAGACCAAACCAAAGAAUAAACAUGUCACCUCUGUCACGAUAGAAGAAGUACAAUCUCCGCAUAUAUUAGUUGAUACUCCGUUAACACCUUCAGAGGACUUCCCCAUAUCUCCACCUGAGUACCCAUCAACUCACUGGUCUCAUUCGGAACCAAUUUACCCCAAGAAGGAUUCCCAAGCUCUUAUCGACAGCGAAAAGCAAGUAUCGAUCGUCGUCCAAAACGUUGGAGUCACUUGGGCCAACGCUCAAACUCUAGAACGCAUCAAGAACCUUCAGAAUGCCCAAAGAACUACACACCUGAGCGAUGUGCUAUACCUAGCCACCCUCAGUGAGGUUAUAACAGAGGAAUCAAUAGAGCAAAGGAGUAGCAACGUUGAAAGACAGUUGAAAUUGCUGCAAGAAGCUGUGGUCAGAAGAGACGUCCAAAUCAUCCAGCAGACCAUCAUAACCACAGUCGAAACUAUAACUACAUGGCUGGAAACUAUUGAAUAUAGAAUCUACGUAAGCAGACAACAGACAUCUGAGGGUCCAUCUCAAGAAAGAGUGGAAGAAUUCAACACUCUCAAAGAUGAAAUAGUCGAGAUAGAAGAUAGAAUAGAACAGCUUCAAACUGAGUUGGGUAAGGCUGAUGAUAUAUACAACGAGGAAGAUAGGAAUAGAAUGAAGGGUUACAUUGAUUCCUUACAACAGCAGGUGAAAAUUAUAGAGGAUGUAACGGAAGAGAACGGACAGCUAGCUGCUGGGGAUCUUAAGAGAUGGAACGAGUUUGUAGAAGAGCUUGCUGAUGUGAGUCAAACGAUUUUGGAUAACCAGGAGGCGUUGAAUGAUCUUAGAGAUUCAGACGCUUCACCUCAGACUAAACUCAACGAAUUGGAUGAACUAGAUGGUGUUAACAAGACACAGAUGGUUAGAACCGUUCAACUGUUGGCAGCAGCCAAAGGAUUAUUGAGAGAUUUUCCUACAAGGGAGAUACCAGAAGAGGUGCAGAGAAACCAACAACUGGUGAAGCAAAUCGAACAGCAGAUACUGGUUGAACGUGAAAAAGCCUAUCAGUUCCUCACGUUAGCAGAUGAGUACGAACAAACUCUUAAGGAGUUCAGUAAGAUCGUUGACAUAGCUGAAGCCAUCGUCGAAAGCUCGCUGACCGUCAGAAAUCUGGAACACCUGGAGAACGAGAUGCAGAACCACCGCAAGUUCUUCGUGAACCUCAGUCACUGUAGAGCCAUUCUGGAAUCUCUGGAAGAAAACCUGGAUUCCGAAACCAAAGCCAAACACUCAGAACUUCACAACAGUUUGUACGAAAGGGCCAGCAUCAUCUUGGAUAGAGCUACUGGUAGGUUCCAGCUAAUGUUCAGCGCAGCUUCCAAAUGGACCACCCUGGAGCAGGGAAUGAAAGAGGAAAUGAGAUGGCUGCAAGUCGCCCAAGAACGCAUACCGGAUAUAAACAACGUCACUUCCUACGAUUACGACAGCUACAUGAACCACUAUCUAUCGCUCAGUCAAGAUAUAGCUCACCAUCAAGCAGCAUUGUUGCAUCUGAAGGAUCUGGCUCUCAAGGUUCAAGAGCUUGUGGUUUGUUCUGGUCUGGAGCAAGAGUACACAGACGCACUGGAGAUCAUCAGGAAGCUGCAGGAAGACGUUAACGGCAAUCUGCAACGUAUCGCGGCUUUCAAAGACAACUGGAGGAUGUACAAUAAGCAGAGCAACUCGCUGGAGUUCUGGCUCAAAGAAGCGGACGUCGCACUCGCAGAAUUGGAGAAACCGGAACCUCAUAGGAGUCGGAUGAGACAAUUCUGGGAGCUCAAAGCCCAGUGCGAGGUCAAUAACAACCUUCUACGCAACGCCAACACCUCCUUCGAGACCUCGAUUACCAUAAUACCAAUAGCAGACGAGAUGGACCAAAGGAAAUCGCACUCUUCACUCCUAAACCGUUGGAACACCAUCUCCUCCAGAAUCUCCAACAUAGAAAACCACAUCAUGGGCACCAUAUCCUCAGCGAACGUCCCAGUCAACGAGAAGCUGGCCAUCAUCGAACAAGAACUAGAAGACCUUAGGGUCGACGUGGACCAACAACGUGGCGUCAUGAAGAACGAGGAAGAACUCAACCUGUACAUCGAACGCCUUCAGAUCAUGUCUGUUAGGUUGGACGCCCUGCAGAACGAACUUGGUCGCUUGGGACUCUUGUCCGCCAACGAAUCAGACAAAGUCACUGAGCUGCUAGCCCUCUCCAAGAGGCUGGAGCUCCAGAUCGCCGAAGAACUCGAAGGAGCCUCCGUACUCAAAGACUCCCUCAGAGGAAUACAGAAGGGCAUGGACAGGCUGAGGAGGAAAUUCGCGGAGAUCGAAGAAACCCUGAAUCGGGCAGAAGAGGCGGAGAAAUUGGGAAGCGCAGAGGUUCACAAGGCGGUGAACGAUUGCCUCAAGGUGGACCAAGACCUGGUGACCCACUGGCAGGACGUGAUGUCGCUGAGGCAGCUACUGCACACCCUGCCCAUGAGGCUGAAGGCGACGGUGUCGCCGGUGGCGGUGGAAAGAGAGAUCUCGCAGAUACAGGAGGAGUACACGGUGUUGGAGAAGAGGUGUGGUCAACUGUUGGCCUUGCUGAAGAGCAGGUUGAACCUGUGGCAACGGUUCGAGAGGCAGUUGGAGAUGGUGCAGGAGAGCGUGCAAGAGGCAGAUUUUAUGAUGGACCUGUUGACGAUCCAAGGCACCGUGGACUAUGAGAGGUUGAGGAAGGCCACCGAGCGAUUGGAGAGCGUUUCGAGCAACUUGGUGAACCGUGAAGACCUGGUGGAUGACCUGAAGGAGGCGGCCAAACCCCUGUCCACCUCCUGCACCCCCGAGGUCUGCGCCAAGGUCGAGGCAGCCGUUGACGAAGCUGUCACCGCCUAUUCCACCACCUGCAGCAACCUCAAGGAGCUCUGCACCAAAUACAACCACGCUGCCGAUCUCUGGAAGCAGUACAAGGAGUCCAGCGACCUGGUGCAUGAAUGGGUUGAGAAUUGCAUGGACACAGUGGCGGACCUACCACCGGAGGAAGCGGUUGAAGCUGUAAAGGUAUGCGAAGAAACGCUGAGAAAGCAUGUAGAAAAGUUCGCAGUGCUGAAGGACAUGGUAUCAGAAAUCGCGAACGCUGUCGGUCUCGACGAAAAAUCGCUGCUCAGCAGCGAGAUCGACGACCUUGGAAAACGCCUUGAGAACGUCAGACAGUCGUUGACCAUCAUCACUGACGUGGCCGAAGAACAGUUCAAUCUGCAGGCCGAGAACAAGGGCAAGAUCGACGAGACCAAGGACCUCAUACAUUCCAUCAAAGCCAGUACCAACGGAAUAACAGCCAGUGCCGAAAACGACGAACAGAAGCUGACGGCUGUAAGAGACAACCUUCUAGCUCUUGGCAAGGCUGAAAGCCAGAUCCAGUUGGUUAGAAACAAGACGCUCGAGCUGAGCCAAACCGUACGUACGGAAACCACAGUCUUAGAGGUCUUGGAGCUAUGGCAAGAGGUUUUCAAAGAAACAUUCCAACAAUACCACAGGCUGAGCACCAGGUUGGUGAAAAACGAAGACGCGGCAGCAGCCUUGAGGCUUUGGCAGGAAUACUUGGUGAACGUUCAGCAGUUCCUGCAAGGAUCGAUACCUAGCGACUAUUACAGUCUAUCAGACCAUCAGCAUCUGUGCCAGGUGCACAAGAACCUCCUAACGACGCAACAGAACAUACUGCAGCCGUUGGAUCAAAGCGGUCUAGUCGAAAACACCGUGUUGGAACAAUUCAAGAACCUAACGUCGCUGCACAAUGAAACUCUAGACAGUAUCAUGGAGAGGUACACCGAAGUCCAAAACAGAAUAAACUCCUGGGAAAGGUACAGGUCAGACCAAAACAGAUUGCACGGUUGGCUCAAAGAUAUAGAACGAGAAAAGGAAAGAAUGCAGUUGAGAUAUCUACACAUAAGGGGCAUAACAAGGAUUAUAUCACAGAUAGACGCCCUUUUAAGCAAAAUACCUUAUGGUGAAGACCAACUGGCCAACCUGAUAGAGCAACAGAACAAGAUUUUACAAUUCUGCGAUGACGCUUUAUCCACAUCCAUCCGUAUGGAGCAUGCUGCCAUAAAACAACGAAUAAGCAACCUCCAGGCCAGUCUAAUGACCUGGAAGCAAUUCCUAGAGAGGAUAUUGAGGCUGGUUCAAACCCACGAAGAACGCGUUAGCAAGCUGGACAACGUCUUCAACAGCACUCAGGAUAUAAUCUCCGACUUCCUUUCGCAGUCGUCAGCUGCACCAAGUCUCAGCAACAGGUUACAAAUAUUACAAACGGCGAGGUUGAAGUUAGCGAACACUAACCCCGACCUCGAAGAACUCGAUUCUAGUCAGAAACAGCUCAAGGAAUGCCUUAGUCCUUCGGACAUAAAGGGAAUAAACCAGAAGAUCUGGGUGCUCAAGAACCAGAGGAACGAGCUGGACCACGAACUCCUAACGUUGUGCCAACAGAUAGAAGACAAAUUGGGACAAAGGUCUCAGUUCGAAGCGAGACACAAGAAAUUCAUCGACUGGGCUGAUGACUUGGAGAAGAAAAUCUUGAAGUUCAGCGAAGCUGACAAUCCAGUAGAAGAUCUUGAAGAACUAUCGAUGAAGGUGGAGACGGAAUUCCAAGCCGAUAUGGCGCUGAAGCAGAGAGAAUACGAUUGGUUGUUGACGACCGGAAACGGUUUGGUAUCUUCUUGUGGCGAACAAUACAGCGAUGUUACAGCUAAGCAAAUCCUUCAUUCCAAGACCAACGAGGUUAAGGUUAAAUGGGAGAGGUUAGAGACCUUUGGAAGGUCUCAGGUUGACCGUUUGAAGAAUAGACACGAUAUAAUGACCCAGCUGGAAAGGAUGAUCCUCGAAAGACGUGCUUGGUUGACACAAAUGGAAAUACGACUGGGAAAACCGUUAGUAUUCGAAGAUAGCAGCAAGGAAACUCUAGAGCGCAAGGUGCAGGAACACGAAGAAUUAAAGAAAUCAAUUGAGACUGAAAGUGGGAAACUGGCAGAGGUUGCAAAUCUCAGCGAGCUUCUCCUUAGCGACGAAGACGUUCUGAAGGCCAAUUACCGACACCGAAACUUGGCUGCAGCCAUCGACAGUCUGGAGAAGAGGUGGAAGAAAGUAUGCGAACAGUCUGCGGAGAGGAAGAGAAAUAUAACGUUCGCUUGGCAGCUACUUCACGAGGUCAACGAGCUCAGCAUGUCCAAAGAAAGCUGGAUAACAGACAUGGAAAACAAACUGAAACUGUUGGAGAGACCAACAGAUCAGCUGGGAAGGCAGGACCUUCAGGAUCUGAUCUACCAACUAGAAAAGUUAAUCAAAGAAAUAGAGAUUGAGUCAGCGACGUUCACCAUUCUGGAGUCAACGUAUUCCAAGGCAGUCACUCUGGGUGGUCUCCAACCCGACAACGUUCAAGAGCUCACCUCAAGAUCUAGGGUUGUGAUAACUAAAUGGGGCAACCUGUUGCCCAAAGCCAGCGUCAUGCUGCAAUCUCUGCAGACGGAGAUGGCGUUGUUCAAGAACUUCGAGAUGGCCCAAGGGGACUCCAUCGUGGCUUUGGCAGGAAUAGAUUCCAGACUGACAACGCUACAACACUUGACUGACGCCAAACAAACCCCUCAAAUGAGACUGAAAGUUCUGAACGUCCUAGAGGCGGAUCUGAACUCCCAAAAUUCGACUCUUCAAACAGCCGACGAACUAGGCUUGAAGAUAAUGAAGAAAGGUAACAAGGAGGAGAUAGAGAAGACGCAGAAAAUGAUCGACGAAUACCAACAGCUCUGGAAAGAGAUACAAGAAAGGAUCAUUAUACUCCAAUCGGAAAUUCAGAUUCUUGUAGAGCGUUCGCUGCCACAAGAGGUUGAUGAAAGCAUACAGGUCGACACCUUGAAGUUCGAGCAAGAUACAGCGGUGCAGGUCAACACCCUCCCGCCACAGCUGCAGAGGAUGACCUCGAUCAGUGCCAAAGACGCCUACUUGGUGGAGCUUUCGAGCGCUGUAACCGAGUGCAGGACCAACCAAGAGAAACUGGAGGCUCUGCUAGACAAAGACAUACCGCCUCAAGGCUCUCAAGAUCUGAGCAUCAGAGGCAAGGAGAUAGUCAAGCUCAUCGCCUGCUGUCAAUCCAACGUAGAAGUGGUCAACCAUCUCCACAAGGUUCUGAUCGAAGAGUGCGAGUGCGAGUCGACUGACGAGAUGGUUAUGACGACGGUCGUUACGACGCUUAACAGGAAAUACGAAGAACUGCUGACGAGAUCGAAGCAGAUGCAGCAGAAGAUAAGGGAACUCAGGUCUGCGGUUUCUGAUGUUUAUAACCUCUUAUGUGACCACGAGGCUGGAAGACUGAUUUGUCCCCUGUGCACCAAACGCAACUGGGCGCAGCUAGACAACGACCUUUGGCGAUUGGAAAAAUGGCUGGAGGUGGCUGACGGCACUCAGAGGGAGCAACGGAAGCCCCCGUCCAACAUCGAGCAGCUCGAGGACGUGAUACAGGACCACCGGGAGUUCGUACUGGACUUGGACAGUCACAAGAGCAUCAUCAGGUCGCUGAACAUCGUCGGUACGCACCUGGCUGACCAUUCUGAGGACACGGAGAGGGCCGAGGCGCUGAGAACUAGGUUAGGAGAGGACAACAAGACUUGGGAGUUGGUGUGCCGCAGGGCGGCUGACUGGGAGCGGCUGUUACAGACGGCCCUCAUAGAGAACCAGCAAUUCCAUUCCAUCAUAAACGACCUCUGCACGUGGUUGGACAAGACUGAACGGAAAAUCAAACUUUCCGAACCCGUAGAUCUAACAGUGGAGACCUCCAUCAUCGAGAGCAAGUACCAGGCCUUCAGGGAGCUUCGCUCCGAACUGGAAAGGUGCGAACCAAGAGUGAUGAGCCUGCAGGAGGCAGCCAACCAGCUGCUGCGUCAAGAAGACUCGCCAGAGGGUUCCUCAACCACCUACCGGAAACUGACGGACCUCAGACUGAAGCUGCAGUCGCUCAUCAAACUUACAGGGGUCUACAUUCUGAAACUGGGGGCCGUGAUUGGUAGAGACCCGAGCGAACUAGGGGUUCCGUUAACCUCGUCUGUGAUAGGCGCCCCCUCCCUCUCUGGUUCUUAUGACCUUUUGGACGGUUCCGGAGAGAGACUGCCACCAGCCAACGCGCACGACGACACAGCUCACAACGAUGGUUCAGAUGACGAGCUGCAAAUAAACCCAAGCGUGCUACGAAAAGGUUGUCGCUUCUUGGGUAGAGUGCUGAGAGCCUCUAUCCCAAUACAAGCGGUUAUGCUGCUUCUGCUAGGAGCAGCCUCCCUCGUACCCUUCUCCGAAGACGACGAUUCCUGUUCCCUGUACACAUCCAUAGCGAACAGCCUGUCUCCCGUCCUAAGGUACAACGGGGGCCCACCUCCCGUCUAAAACGAUUUCUUCUCAUUCUUCUAUAACCAUUCCAAUAAUAACCCCCCAAUUCGCUUAAGGCUCGACAAGAUCAAUUUGUCGAUUGAGUUUCUGUUUUUGUACAUAUUAAUAACAUUGUUAUGACGAGAUUACCCACAAGAGAUAUUUCAAAUGUAUCAGUCUCUGAUAGUUUGACCUAAGUUUUAUAUUGAUGGUGAAUUUUAUGUGUAUAUUGAGGACGCACACGUUUUGUAGAGCUACAUCCUAUAUUUUAUAUUGUUAUUUAUUAUUUUCUCCUAGAUUAUAGUAUUGUUAAGGUAAUUCAAAGGAGUGGAACACUUUGUUUUAUCCAAGACGAACAGUUGAUUUUUGUUUUAAACCUCGCAGUAACGCAGUUAGAUGCUGUCUCUCCACACAGCAGUUUGAACUCGUUUACUCUGGAGAUUAUAUGGACUCCUACGAUUCUGUAUCAGAGGUCUUCUCUGAAGUUGUGCUGGUGCAUUAUCCUCAAGCCUUAUCUGUUAAUUUUUAUCGCUUUAUAUAUUAUAUUUUAUUCAUCACCAUGGUGCUACUGUUGAACAUUUAAGAGAGCCAGUUAUCUGAGAAUACUCAUAUAUGAUUAGGAUUCUGUAUGUGAGCAUUUAUGAGAAAAGAGGAUAAUUUCGAAGAAGUAUUUUCAGAUUACUGUCCAUCUUCGAAGAUCCUAUAGAAAUCUUGCUUUUCCUUUUAAUAUGCCUAUGAUAAACCGAAUUAAGAACAUUUUGGAUUGUUUUUAGAAAUAUAUCAUCCAGUUAUAUUGAUUAUGUUGUCUGCUAUAUCAUGUAUAAAUAAAUUUUUAAAUUAUA